AAAAAAAACAAACUUUGCGGAAAGUGGGUUUGUGGAAUUGUGUGCGCGCAUCUGUUUACUUUUGCUGCUAAAAAACAAAAAAAACCCAGCAACAACCACCAGAAACCUUAGCGCCAAGCAAUUUAUUAUAGGUUGCCUGAACUCCAAAUAUCUCCUGCUUGAAGGAAACUGAGUAAUGAAGGCUGAAUGCAAUUUCCUGUGGAAGAGGCUGGAGGCAGAGCUUACGGGGCGAGGGGGAGAGGCAGAAACUUGUCCAUUUGCAACCAAACAGUGCAAUAAAGGACAAGCUGCGGAGAUAAAGGAGUGAAGCAAAGCGCCCCCCCCAUUUCUCAUGAAGUGUGUGAAAGACUCUUCAUAACGGGGCAGAGAGCCAAAAGUUGUGCUUUGAGUUUGAGCCCAAUUUAAAAGGGGCUGAAUUGCUGGCAGCGAGAGAGAAACUUGUAUGGAGAAGACAGUAAGAUGACCCUCGGCUUGUGGGAGCGCCGUUAAACGAUUCCCCCAAAGUAAGUCCUUUUCCAAUUCUCCACCCUUCCCCUAUCGAUUUAUUGGGUGGGGGGACGUGUUAGAGAGAUUGAGGGAGGGAGAGGUGUUGCUGAAUUCCUGCAUGCAGCUGGCAAGGGGCGGAAAGGUGUCUAGAGCAGGCAAUUUGGGGCUCGGAUUUCCUCGCGAAGGGGAAUGGCCUUUGGGGCAGGUUGUGGGGCGAGAGGACCGAGGGCGCCUGGGCUGGCGCGGCGCGGUUUCUCCACCUAAACGGCUGAUUCAUCUCCAUGGGAGAGAGCGCGCCUUGUGGGCCGGCGGUGGAGGGAGCGUCUUCAAUGAGCUUCUCUCUGUGUGUCUCUUUCUCUGCGUGUGGCGUCUCUCGCAGGGCUCAGUCCGAUGUCCCAGGUGAGAAGCGAGCCGUCCAGCCGCUCUGACUCGCUCCAUGGAAACCCCCAGGUGGAUCCGGCGCCCUUCCCAUCCCCCAGCGCAGGUAAGCACAGAGAGCGCUUGUUCCCGAAACUUACAAACUGCCUCGAUACUUGUAGGUGGGAGUUUGGGGGGGGCGGCUUUUAGGUUCUCGUGGAUUUUGUGUGUGCGCGCGCGUUUAGCUGUGGGCCUGAUUCUAGAAUGGUAAACUCCAGGGGGAGAAAAGAGACUUUUUCCCUCCCCGUCCCCCUCCCCCACCUCCCAUGUCGAAACUUUGCUAGUAUGUAUGAAUAUUGCAAAAAGCCUCCUGUGAUCUGUGCCAGCUGGCCCCCAGUGUGUGUGCGCGCAAACAUCCGAAGUCUGGCAAGGCAGAUUCCACCCCCGCCCCCCAUUACGCUUUGAUUUACGCCGCAUCCACUAAGGCGCUGGCCCAGCAUGUGUGUUUUGGAGACUUUUCCUUUUGUGUGCGCGCGCACAUACAUGCAGCGUGCGUGCGUGUGACUUUUCCUCCUCGAAGGCUGCACACAGGGCUGGAGCUGCGCGUGUCUCCCAGCGCCUCGGCUCUUUCUCGGGUUGGAUGUGAGCGUUGAUCUCUCUCCCCCUCCCCUGCAGAAGCGCAGGGCGUCCACGACAGCGCGUUUGCUGGGGGCUUGCGUGCCAGAGGGUCUCCUCCUCCUCCUCCUCCUCCUCCUCCUCCUCCUCCCCUCCUCAUCCAGCACGAAACCCAUCAUUUCCUUUUUCUCUCCAAAGCCUCUUUCUCUCGUGCGCCAUUCUCUUUUUUGCAGGACUGUAAACACUUCGCAGGCGUUGGGGGCUGGGGUGUGUAGGGACCCGAGCUUCUCACAAGAACUUUUGUCUUCCUUCAGGCAUCGCGUGUUGCUGGGCCCGGGGCCAACUCCUUGUGGGAUUUGGUCUCCUCCACCCCUCCCCUUUCCCCCACUUCGAGUCCUGAUCAUAUUAAAUUUAAUAACAUCCUCUAGACCGAGCUGCAGCCAGGAAAAGAGUUUUCUUCUUUGUUCCAUCUAAUCCUUUCAACAGAUCUAGCUUCGGGCUCUGUAACUGGGGUGGGGGGAGUGGGCUGUGUACACUGCAGUUAGGAGUGUACAUUCCAGUAUCCCCUGCAGCAGCCUUGGCUGCAGACUGCAUUUGAAGGAUCUGGAGAGGAUUCAACGGAGAUGCCCCCUUCCUGGCACUGCUGACCUGUUGAGCUGCAACUGAUUCACACAAUACUGGAAACUCGUUUAUAAAAACUCAAUUGGGGGAAUGUGGGCUGUGGUUGGGCACAUGGGUGAAUUUUUGGCUGUGCAGUAACCAAAUACCAAUUUUUCCAAGAUGGCGCUGUGGGUUAAACCACAGAGCCUAGGACUUGCCAAUCAGAAGGUCGGCGGUUCAAAUCCCCACGAUGGGGUGAGCUCCCAUUGCUCGGUCCCUGCUCCUGCCAACCUAGCAGUUCGAAAGCACAUCAAAGUGCAAGUAGAUAAAUAGGUGGGAAGGUAAACAGCGUUUCUGUGUGCUGCUCGCCAGAAGCGGCUUAGUCAUGCUGGCCACAUGACCCGGAAGCUGUACGCCGGCUCCCUUGGCCAAUAAAGCGAGAUGAGCGCCGCAACCCCAGAGUCGGUCAUGACUGGACCUAAUGGUCAGAGGUCCCCUUUACCUUUUUUACUGUCUUUUUAUUGAACCUGAUGGCUGACUGAUGGUUAGGUCUCAAAAUGAUUCAUGAUUUUAAGGCCAUAAGAAUUUAGGAAACUGCCUGUAUGGUUCAUCAAGCUCAGCAUUGUCUACACUGGCAGCAGCUAUCCAGGGUUUCAGAUGGGGGACAUUCCCAGUCCUGCCUGGUGAUGCCAGGGAUUGAACCUGGGACCUUCUGCAUACAAAGCAGAUGCUCUACCACAAAGCUACAGCCCUCCCCUCAAAACCCUACCUUGAAGUGUUUGUAGCAGUUCAUCUACACUCAUUGUUAAUAGAGUACAGUGGCGUAGCGUGGGUUGUCAGCACCCGGGGCAAGGCAAGUAAUUUGCGCCCCCUAACCCGUGGAUUUUAGCACUCGAGUCUCUUCCGCGCCCUCCCCCAGAUGUUGUGCCCGGUGCAGCCGGCCCCCCCUUCACCCCCCACGCUACGCCACUGAUAGAGUACCAUUGUUGUGCCUAUGCUUUGCAGAGGACAAGAGGACAGGUCUCUAUCCGAAGACGUUUACAAUCUAAAACCAGAUACAGAAGAUAAAAUAGACAGAAGAGAGGCUGGGAUUAACACAGAAAGACUAUAUAUGGUUACUUGCCUUGUGUGUGCUUUGAUUUGGUUGUAACCCUAGUUAGGUAGGUCUGUAUCAUACAUGCCAAUUUUGCCCCCCCCCAGUGUGUUUUUCAAGGGGGCCUGGCCCCCUCAACGUUCAGAGGGGGUCCAGCUCCAUCCCCAUGCUCCUUGUGACAUUGUGCAUGGGCCCCCUCAAUCAUCUUGAGAAGAUGGCACCUCUGGUCUGUAUUAUUGUCAUGUUUGUGUCAUUUAUAUGUUGACAUUUUUUUAUCUUCCAAACAUUUCCUUCUUCACAACAACCCUGUGGGGGAAGAUUAGACUGCGAGACUGUGACUGGCCCAAGGUCACCCAGGGAGUGGGGAUGUGAAUCUGAGUCUCCCCAUUCCUAGUAUGGAGCCUGAGGGAAUAGCUUGCCUAAGGCCCUUCCAUUGAAGUCAUGCUGAAUGGGGAUCUGAGCUCCACCCAAACUUCGUAGAUAAUAGUUUAUGUUCUUCAAAAGUGAACCAUGAAACCUUUGUAGUGACCUUUAAAAAAAGAAGGUGUGGUAAAUUCCCAGCUUGUAUUGGGAAAUCAGGACCUGAAUGUGGGGUGACGUGAUUGCAUGACUGCCUCAACCUACAUGGAUUUCUGCCUGUUUUCUUAGGAGGUCAAUGCAUGAGACCCACCCCCUUUGCCUGUGUUUGUCCCUGCCCCUUCCAUGCUCAUGACCAGCGGAUUGUCGGACUCACUGUUUUAAGGUGGCAGCUUUUGCAUCCCAUGUCAAGUGUGCCGUGAACAGCAAGCACCUCAGGCAUACAGUGUCCUCCUCAGACUAGAGUCUCAAGUGGCUUCAACCCUCUGAUCUGAUCAUCACUGGGUGAAGAUGUUCUUUUUUAUUUCCCUUGGGUUUAAACAUAAUUUAUGAUGCCCUGAGAUUCUGGACAUUUUAAGGCCUGUGAGAACUGGUAGUCCUGAUGUACGUUUGUUAUGCUGGGGCUACCUUUUGCUCCUGUUUUCAUAUUUUGUAAUACAGUCGUACCUUGGUUUUCGAGCAACUUAGUUCACGAACAACUUGGAACCGCAACUACGUUAACAACUAAGUUCACAACUAAGUUCACGAACAACUUGGAACCGAGUCGCAAACUCAGAAGUAGAUGAGUUCAGUUUGUGAACUUUGCCUCCUGCAAAGAACGCUCCUGCAGCCAAUUGGAAGCCGCACCUUGGUUUCUGAACAUUUCAGAAGUUGAAUGAACUCCCAGAAUGCAUUCUGUUCAAAAACCAAGGUAUGAUUGUAUAAAUAAAGGUAUUUCCAGCUGUGGAUUUGAGGUUUCUUUGUUUUUUCCUCAUGAGCCAAGACAGUUACCUUUGUUUUUUAAAUGUUAGGUUAUUGCCUUUCUUUUUUUAUUCCUAAUUCUUCCCUUUUUGCCAUCCAGAUAACCUUUUCGUUAUUGAGCAGCAGGCAAAUACAGUAAACAAAUAAAUAAGCCAUGGAGGGUUGGGGAAGAAGGUGUCCUCUCUUGAGCAUGGCGAUUGGGUGAAUUGGCUGUGUUUUCCUUCCUCUUAUCCCUUCUGUCCCCCAAAGAAUGAGAACACAUCAAAGAAUGUUUUCAUUUCACGUAUAUCUUCAUGAUGAUAUUAGUUUAGGAUUUCAGGAAUUUCCUUGUGCCUUCUGAUUUGGUCCUUUAGGCUAAAAGUGCAGCAAACCCCCAUCCCUUAAACUGAGCAGGGAUGGUGUGGCAUAUGAAAAGAUGUUCCACCCUCCCUCUGGGGAACAGACAGUCAUAGCCUAAUGGUAGAGCAUCAGCUUUGUAUGCUGAAGUUCCUGGGUUCGACCCCCAGUAUCUCCUGGUAGAUUAGGGAAUGCCCCCUAUCUGCAACCCAGAAGAAAUGCUGUAGUUGGUGAGCUAGAUUAUCUAAUGGUCUUACUUAGCAUAAGGCCAUGAGGAAUGGCUUCUGUGUUCCAGAGUGACUUGGGAAGGUUCAAAUCCCCACGACUGGGUGAGCCCCCGUUGCUCGGUCCCUGCUCCUCCAACCUAGCAGUUCGAAAGAACAUCAAAGUGCAAGUAGAUAAAUAGGCACCGCUCCGGCAGGAAGGUAAAUGGCAUUUCUGUGCGCUGGUCUGGUUCACCAGAAGCAGCUUAGUCAUGCUGGCCACGUGACCCGGAAGCUGUAUGCCAGCUCCCUUGGCCAGUAAAGCGUGAUGAGCAUCGCAACCCCAGAGUCGUCCGUGACUGGACCUAACAGUCAGGGGUCCCUUUACCUUUACCUUUUACAGUUCAUACAGGUGAGCAGUGUAGACAGAAGCCCUCCAGUAUUCUUGUAUGUCCUAUCAGGAUCAGGUGUACUGGAAGAGAUCUCCAGGGAAUCACUUCACAAAGCCGCCAAAUGAAUUUAGUAACUAAGGAGUAGUUUUAAACCUAUAACUCUCCAGUUAAGUACUUGCAUGUUAUCUUCUGACCCCACUUUCAACACUGAUUCAGGGAUUAUUCUAUAUCACAAACCAUUCCUAACCAAAAUGAGAGGCGGCAGGCAGGUCGGAGCAAAUAAGUGUAUGCAUAUCAAAAUCCUGUGCAAGAAUAACCCAAAUCCUGUAUCACAGAGAGCAGAAUUCUGUAACUUUGUCUAAAUUAUGCAAAUUGAGCACAUUUGCAUUUUUCAUAUGUCUAUUAGUCUUUAGAAGGGGUAAAAAACCCCAAACCCCUAUACAGGAAACUAAGACUUGGACUCCGACUACUGGAAAAUAUUCAGCAACUCCUCUGGCUUCUGAGAUUUCACCAGGUGUUACUUACAUACUUUUAAGCAUAUAUCUCCAGUCGCAAGAAAUCUAUGAGAAAGUUGCUUUAGAACACAAGGGCAAGCAGAAUGGUUUGGGAAACCGAAUUCCAGUCGGAGCACCAAUUGUGGAUAGCAAUUCUGAAAAGAUAAUGACAGUCUCCUGAGUUCAUGUAUGUGUUAAAUAUAUACACUAAGGACCAAAUCUACUCUUACACUAUUUUUUUAAGCAAGAAAAGUUGCUUUUGGGGGCUGGUAAUUGGUACUGGAGAAGAGCUGGGGAAAAGGUGAAGCACCUAUUUCUCUUCACCACCCCUGGCCCCCUGCACCAGCUUUCCUGUCUAAGGAGUUCUAAAUGAGUGUUUUCCUCCAUUUGGAACUCAUGAGCUGCAAGUGGGGAGCUGACAAACAAGCAGGGGGUAAGCAGGAAGGUUUAAGAAAAGCCUAAACACCUCCCUACUCCAAAGGGGCUUUUGCUUCUUAAAAAGGACCAUUUAGGUACAGUCACACAUGCCUGUGCAUAACAUCUAGUUUGGCCAUAAUGCAAUAUUGCAGACACUUACCAGAAAGAGAGCAAACCUUAUUGAGCAAAAUGAGUAGGUGUAGCCUUGGGGGUGCAAGGCUGCAUUGCUACAUAGGCUUACUCUCAAGCAAGUCUUAGAAGUAAGUCACUUUACAUACAGUGGGACUUUCUGCAAUUGCAGCCCUGGCCUAGUAUUGUGUGUAAGACAGUGGUACACCAGAAAUCCUGAAAAGUCUAAAAGAAAACAAAUAAUAGCCAUACUCUUGGCUAUUCUGCAUUCGUUAGUGCAGAUGAAGUGGGAGUCGAUGGGAUUGUACUGCAAUAGAUUCAGCCUGUCUCUUCCUUCAUAAUCAUUGUGUCGAUGGACCUUCAACGUCUGUACUGCUUGGUCCUUCCUUUAUUCAAGUCAUUAGCUUAAAGCACUUAGUCUUGAAUAUACAAGCCCUCUAUCAAGCCACCAGUAGGAUGGUAGUGUGAGAAGCAGCAAAGGGAACUGAAAGUUGGAAAGCACUAAAUUCUCCCAACAGCAGGGCUGGGGAACCUGUGGCUCUCCAGAUGUUGAACUACAACUCCCAUCAGUCCCAGGAAGCAUGGCCAAUGUUUAGGGAUGAUGGAUGUUGUAGUUCCUCAGUCCUGUCCUAUGCUGUGCUUUUCUUCACUCUAACAAGUUUAGUACAGAUAAACUUUGCCUUAAUUUCCAACAACUGUGUUUAGGAAAACUCUGGAAACCAGUCAAAAGUGCUUCACUAAACAGUUCAGCUGCCCACUUCAAAGUAGCUGAUUGUUAUUGAGCUUUUUAGUCACUUUUUGUUGUGUUUUCAAUGACUUUCACAGAACUUUUAUGUAUUAUGUUUAUGUACUAUUAUUGUAGAAUCAUAGAAUCACAGAACUGUAGUGUUGGAAGGGAUCCUGAGGGUCAUCUAGUCCAACCCCCUGCAAUGUAGGAAUCUCAGCUAGAUCAUACAUGACAGACGGCCACCCAACCUCCGCUUAAAAACCUCCAAGGAAGGAGAGUCCACCAGUUCUCGCAGGAGUCUGUUCUACUGCCAAACACCUCUUACUGUCAGAAAGGUCUUCCUGAUGUUUAGUCAGGGUGGUUGGGGAAACCCAGCCAGAUGGGCAAGGUAUAAAUGUUGUUGUCAUCAGAAUCUCCUUUCUUGUGACUUCAAUCCAUUGAUUCUGGUCCUAGCCUCUGGAGCCAGAAAAAACAAGCUUGUUUCAUCUUCCAUGUGACAACUCUUUAGAUAUUUGUAGGCUGCUUAUAUUCUAAACUGCUUUGAGCACAAACAUGUUGCUGAAAAUGCAGUACAGAAAUGCAUUGACUAUGGCUAAUAAAUAAUGUCUAGACAUCAUUUGGACAUUUCCUUGGUAGAUGAUGGCAUUCACAGAAACCUGUGAAGGCUGGAGGUUCCUUGUUGGGAUCUCUGGUAACCUGUAAAUACCUUUUAUCUCUAGCACGCAAGAUCCAAGGUUUGUGUAUUAUGUGUGAACGUAAAGGUGGUAGUCAUCUGAGGCCUCAUCUGCAGUAUACAUUCAAAGCAGUAUCAUGCUGCUUUAAACAAACAUGACUUCCCUCAAGGAAUUAUUGAAACUAUCGUUUGUUAAGGGUGCUGAGAGUUGUGAGGUUGUCCUAUUCCCCUCACAGAGUUACACUUUUUAGAGUGGCUUAAAAGGUCUAUCCCUCUUCCAGGGUAACUCCCUCAGGAUUCUUUGGGUGAAGGCACGACUGUUUAUUGUGACAUGAGACUGCUUUAAAUAUAUAGUGCAGAAAAUGGAGCUGUAGUAACGUGUAGAUGGCCCAACUGAAAUGGGAACUCAUUGCAUUUUGCAUUUUUAGGGGUAUAUCUGCUGUAAAAGAGACUAGAGGUGAAUGACAGGUUACUCAACACCAAGGUAGAAAACUUCAGAUAGUGUUGAACUCUCCACUUCCAUCAUUCCCAGUGAGUCUGGCGGUUCCCUAACUGCGAGAAGCGAAGUUACAGGGAAACAGGUAGAGGGCCUUCUCAGUAGUAGUGCCUGCCCUAUGGAAGGCCCUCCCAUCAGAUGUCAAGGAAAUAAACAACUAUCUGACUUUUAGAAGACAUUUGAAGGCAGCCCUGUUUUGGGAAGUUUUUAAUGCCUGAUGUUUUAUUGUGCUUUUAAUUCUGUUGGGAGCCGCCCAGAGUGGCUGGGGAAACCCAGCCAGAUGGGCAGGGUAUAAAUUAUUCUUAUUAUUAGGUAUUAUAAGAGUCAGAGUCUCAUGAUGUCUGGAUGGUUACUCCUAUUCUACACAUACUGUAUAUGCCUCCGUUGGAUGGAUGCCUGGUCCUAGCUGUUUGUUUAUUUAUUGGAAAUACCACUUUUCCUCACAUAGGCUUGGGUCCUCCUCACUAAGUUUUCUGUGAUGGUUCCAGCCCUGGAGUGGAGAUGCUCAUGGGAUGCUCCUGCCAGUAGAAGUGGGAGAGAUGCAGUAUUCAUCCCUGCAGACCUGCAUGUGUAUAGACAUGGAUGCAGGGCUGUCGAUCACAUGGAAAACCUGUGUCUGCAACACUGUUAUCUGUGUAGGCUCCUGUUUCAAAUAUUCUGCUGAAUGAUACAUGCUGAUGGAAGUUGGAGUCCAAAAUGUCUAGAGGGCACCAGGUUGGGGAAGGCUGGUCCAAAUUGUGAUAUGCACACAUUUCCCCAGGAAACAAUACACCUUCCUUCGGCCCACAGAAGUUUGUUUCAUGGCUAGCUUCCUGCUCUUGCAUCGCUCUCUUGGCACCCGAGCUAAUGGCUCUGUGGCUUCCUACUUCUGCGUUAGCAGGGGGGUGGGGCAGGGAGCACUAACUUCUUGUGGGCAUAAACAGCAGCUUUCUGAUCAUUCCUGGCAAAUUUGCCCUGAGGCAUCGUGCUGGUUUGAAAGCCAUUCUGUCCAGAUCCUAACUUAGCUGGACUGCCCAUCCCCUUGGGUAGUUGUAAACAAUGCAUCUUUCACAAGAGUGCUCCACUGAUACUUUGCUCAGAGUUCAACUGGCCCAGCCAAGCAGAGUGCUGAUGUGGCCUCCAUUCAGUUCAUUGUUCUGCCUAAAAUGCACAACCCUCUGCACAUGGAGAUCCUUCCUUGAUAUAUUAAAUCCAUAAUUUCAUGUGUCGGCUACUUGGCUCUGCCCAGCAUUUAGUGGCAGGUGAAAACAGGAAAAUGUAAGGCAAGUUGAGUGAUUGUGCGGCAAAGGAGGAGCUGAGUUCAUUCUUUCCCUCUGACCGAGAUUGUUCUUGUCAUCGUGGGAUAUGUUUUUCCUUGUCUUAUUGAAGAUGGAACCUUCCAGGCAGCAUCUGGUUGAGCGUGUUGUGCCAGUGCAAACGGACAUUGUCUCUCUGAAGGAAAGGCUGAGUGCUGGAAUGGGGAUGUCAGUAACUGCUGGCUGCUGAUGGGGAGUGAGGGAGAGGGGGAAAGCAAAAUCUCAGCAUAAAAAAAAUUCUGAUCACAUGUCUACAGUCAGAAUACUGUCUGAGAGCAGGGAGAGGCAACGCAGCUUGGCGACAGAGCGUAUGUUCUUCACGAAGAAGCUCCCACAGUUUAGCCUUCGACCUCCAAAGAAACUGUAAAGCAGCUGGCAGCCAUAUUGGGUUUGAUCAGCCUCCCCAACGUUGUGCUGUUGAACUUCAGCUUCCAUCAUUCCUGACCAUAGUCCAAUUCUGCUUUUCUAAAUUGGCUACAUUCUGCUGAUGCAGUCACACAUGUAGUCAAUAGUUGCAUUCCACAGUGCAUUCCUAUGCAGGCUUACUUAGAAGUAAGUCCUCUGUUGCUUAAGUGGGCCUUACUCCCAGGUAGGUGUAUAUAUGAUUGCCCCUUGACGUGAGAGGUGUCAUUAGACUAAUCUGUUGUUUAACUUUCUCAAUACAAACGUGACUCGUAAUGCACGCAGAAUUGAAUUUAUUUUGGGACAGCAUUUAUUUAAAUCUGUGAGAGCUUUGAUUGAAGGUUGGCUUAUUGAAGUUUGUGUUUCCAAGUCCCAGUAGGAGAAAAUAUGCUUUAAUCAGAGUUAAACUAAUCCAUGUGAAAAUCCUAGUGAAGAUUAGGCUGUUGUAAUGAUAUCCAUGUAUGUAUCCAUGUAUGCUGGUCAAAAUGAAUUCUACAUAGAAACCUGGAAUUUCAUUGACUUAUUAAUGUGGGGCAGCCUCCCCCCCCCCACUUUUUUUUGGCAACUACAGAUUUAAACCUCCUCAAAUAAAGCCACUCAUACCCAUAAACUGUACAAAAUUGUAUCAAAAGACAAACCAUUUUUAAAAAUCACACAUUGGCCUUGACAUUUUUAUUUUGCCCUAAAACAAAGUAGGUUUCUCCCCCCAACUUAAUCUUGCAUUGUUUCAUCGCUUCUCCAUAUAUUUUAAACAGGUUAUAAGACAAAAUUCAUAAAGCACUGAAUAAUCAUAAAUUAAAAACUUAACUGAAGCCUUUGUGCCAGAAAGCAUCUAUUCUGACCCACGCCCCUUUUGCCUAAUUGAGUCAUUCCUAAAAAGGAUAUCUAUCUCAGAAAAAAUCCAGCUUGCAGGAAAAAGAAGUUAUCAAUAAUUUCAUUGGUAAGAGUAUCUGUUAAACUUCAUCAUAAGUGGAUGCAUUUCAAUUUACAAUGAGAUUCUAGGGAAACAGUGAUUAUAUGAAAUGGUUUUCAAACUGUUUUUAUUCUAAUAGCUUUUUUACUUUAUUUAUAGCAUAAUCCUAUAUAUGUCUACCCAGAAGUAUAUCCCAUUGAGUUCAACUGGGUUUACUCCUGUGUAAAUGGGUAUGGGAUUGCAGCCUUAAACUUCUUAUUUUUGCCAUGAGGUCUUGCCAUAUAUUUAACUAUAAUAAAAGGUGUCUGAAAAGUCUUUUUUAACCAUUAUACUGAUUGAGAACCUUCCAACGGUAUUCUGUUUCUAUUCCUUGUAUACUUUUAUUUCUUGUUGUUAUUACUUAAUUGGUCACCAUUUCUUGAUGUUCUGUUUGCCUCAAGUCUUCUAUAAACCCAAGCAAAAGUCAAAUUGGAGACUUAGGUAAUGAUUAUAAAGAUUUAUUUCUAAUACUUUCUGUUCCAUUGUCCUAAAUAAUCUCUCCCCUCCACUGCAUAUGCAUGUCAUUGGCAGUGCAUCUUGAAUACGGCCAGUGUGCUGUCUGGCGUUCCCAUAUUGAACUUGCUUAUCUUAACAAGGGGUAAGAUGCCAUUUCUUAUGCUGUUUUUAUUAGCUUAUCUCAUUAGCAAAUGAGGCGUUUCACUUUUCAUGAGUUUUCUCCCCCUACGUAUUGUUCCAUUUAAGUUUUAACCUUUGAAUUUUUUAACAGUCACCUCUUUGUGUAACAAACUAUGCACUAUUGAGAAAAGUCAAUAAAAAAACUUUUCAAAGUUCCUCUGCAGCCCAUCUUCACAUAUGUGCUACAGUGCCUUUUGUGGAAACAAUGAAAUAACAAAGAUCUGUUGUUACUUUCCAUACAAUCACAGAUACUACCAUCUUAAAUUCUCCCUCCUUUUAAAAAGAUGCAUUCCAUAAUAUUGUUACAAUGACACAGUUCCCGUACAGUGGUACCUCGGAUUACAUACGCUUCAGGUUACAGACUCCGCUAACCCAGAAAUAGUACCUCGGGUUAAGAACUUUGCUUCAGGAUGAGAAGAGAAAUCACGCGGCGGCGGCGCAGUGGCAGCAGGAGGCCCCACUAGCUAAAGUGGGACCUCAGGUUAAGAACAGUUUCAGGUUAAGAAUGGACCUCCAGAACGAAUUAAGUUCUUAACCCGAGGUACCACUGUAAUUACAAACUCUCUAUUAGUAUCCUUACUCUUCACUGAAGAAGACUGGUAUUGUAGGUAAUGUAUCAAAAAUCAAUUUAUAUUUUGACUGUUUCCCAGUUUGAUAAUAAUGUUUUCACCAAUAUAGAUAUGUUGUGUCCAGCUUUUCCAUUCAUACCUUUGACAUGACAUUUAAUGGCACAUAUUUAUCAUCAGCAGGGGCGGAUCUACUAUGAAACUCAUGAAGCUUAAGCUUCAGGGCCCUAAUCCCAGAGGAGCCCCAGAAGUGACUUUAGUUCAUAUUGCUUAAAAAAAUAUAUGGGUCUAGUAAAUCCAGUUUGAGUCGUGCAACCGCCCCCAUACCAGAAUUUUCUUUCAUGAGUUGCCAUUCCUAUUCUUCAGCUUUCAUUACAACUUGUGACAUAUCUGCAUAUGUUUAAAAUAAUAAUAAACUGAAAGAGUCAGAGGAGAAACAAUAAGCAGCUUUUUGCCCUUUUCCAGGGUUCCAAUUUUAAAGCAAAACAAAUAAAUUCCCCUUCUGGGAUUUGUUCUUUGCUGCUUAAGCGUUGCAUUCUUGCACUAAUUUCUAAUUGGAUUUCCUUUGAAAUUGCCUGACUAGAUUCUAUUAGUUGCAGAAACCAAACAGCAUCCCAUUGGGGCAUUGUUGAGUUUCAUAUUCUUAUAUUCUCAUUCUUUCCCAGAACUGUAAAACCACAUGCAUGCUAGGUUCCAGGCUGUGCUCUUUCCACCCAAAGGCUCCCUGGCUUGAUCUGUGUUGAUAGGCCUGAACCAAAGAUGGGUUAUUAAGUGCUGUAAAAGGGACGGUUGCUUGUUCUGACCUUGCUUAUUUUGUGUUUGUUUUCCUCUGCCAUGAUUCGUCACAGCCCAAACUGAACUAAAGCAGACGAGUAAAGCAUAAAAUGUUUAAGAUGGAGUCUGUGAAAAUUGUCAUGAGCAGAUUCUGAAGGAACUUGUCAAUUUUAAUACCACUACCACUACUACUACUAAUAAUACAGUAUUUGCAUGGUGCCUUCCUGCAUUCAAAGCACUACACUUGCAUUUUCUGGUUGCUUGGAAGAGACUUACUACGAGGCAAUGUAAUUGCCAUCUUCAAAUAUUGGAAGGGUGGGCUGCCUCAUAGAUGAUGCAGCACGCUUGUUUUCUGUGGCUCCAGUGGGGGGAGCCUGAACCACCAGAGGGUUCAAAUUACAAGAAAGGGAUUUCAAGUAAAUUCUAGGAAGACCUUCCUGAAAGUACAAACUAUUGGUACUGCCUGGAAAACUGGCACACUCUUCUUCACUGGAGGCUUCUAACCAGAAACUGGAAGGCCAUCUAUCAGUUGCAGUCUUCUUGCGCUAUGAUGCUAUAAUUCUUACAAGAGUCCAGUAAGUGUUAGAAUAUAGGUUAAGUGACUCAGGGAGAUGAAUGAAUGAAUGAAUGAAUGAAGGUAAGGCAAUAUUAUUGCAAGGGGGAGGGGCUGACCAAGAGUGGCUUGCCCAAAGCCACCUACUGAGUUCAUGGCUUCCUAUAGUUCAGUUUCAUAGCCACUGCUACACUAUAGGCAGAUGGGGCUUCUCAACCAUCUAGGAGAAGGAAAACUCUGAUCUGAAACCACCACUGCCUUGCAGGAUAUCUUUGGGCAAAGAAAGGGCUAAGGAGUAAACCCUACACAGGUGGAGUCCCUAAGACAGUUGGAUGGUGCCUCCUUCUGGCAACUCUUGCAGCCAAGCUUGUGCCAAAUGUAUUGCUCUGUUUUCCUUUGGACUACAUCAGUGAGGCUGUCUCUCAAGACAGACGGAUGCCAACUGCACUAUGCCAGCUCUCUAUUUGUUGCAUUGUUUUAGGCUUUCCUAAUUUAAAAGACUUAACGUUCAGCAUGUUGAGGUCAGGAUUUCAAUACAUUUUUAAUACUAUGUCUCCAAGAAAUAUGGUGCUAGGGUAAGGAGAUGCACUAUAUGUUACUUACUGCUUGGAAAUUUCACUAUUUCUGAGCCUCUGGUAUGGCAUCUGCAAACUCAUAAUAAAAUACUUUCCAUUCUAACAACUUGUGGCUUUCUAGUCUCCCAUGUUCUGUGUGGAUGCUGGUGGGGUGAAGAGGAAAAUCAUGUACAAUGCGGUAUGGAUUUUUACAAUACUCUCCACAAUGGAACACUGGUAGGGGUAGUUAUGCUUUCCCUUCUCAGGGAUGUGGAACGAGGUGUGGAACCUGUAGCCCUACAGUAAUUGUUGGGUUCAACUCCCAGCAGCCCCAGCAAGCACGGCCAAUGAUAAGGAGCAAUGAGAAUUACAGGCGUAGACCAACAGCCUGUAUGUGGGGGGCCACAAGUUCCCCCUCCCUGCUGUAAUAUAAGCAACAAUAAAGCAGGACAUCUGAUUUCUGAUUUCAUAGAAUCAUAGAAUCAUAGAGUUGGAAGAGACCACAAGGGCCAUCGAGUCCAACCCCCUGCCAAGCAGGAAACACCAUCAGAGCACUCCUGACAUAUGGUUGUCAAGCCUCUGCUUAAAGACCUCCAAAGAAGGAGACUCCACCACACUCCUUGGCAGCAAAUUCCACUGUCGAACAGCUCUUACUGUCAGGAAGUUCUUCCUAAUGUUUAGGUGGAAUCUUCUUUCUUGUAGUUUGGAUCCAUUGCUCCGUGUCCGCUUCUCUGGAGCAGCAGAAAACAACCUUUCUCCCUCCUCUAUGUGACAUCCUUUUAUAUAUUUGAACAUGGCUAUCAUAUCACCCCUUAACCUCCUCUUCUCCAGGCUAAACAUGCCCAGCUCCCUUAGCCGUUCCUCAUAAGGCAUCGUUUCCAGGCCUUUGACCAUUUUGGUUGCCCUCCUCUGGACACGUUCCAGUUUGUCAAUGUCCUUCUUGAACUGUGGUGCCCAGAACUGGACACAGUACUCCAGGUGAGGUCUGACCAGAGCAGAAUACAGUGGCACUAUUACUUCCCUUGAUCUAGAUGCUAUACUCCUAUUGAUGCAGCCCAGAAUUGCAUUGGCUUUUUAGCUGCCGCGUCACACUGUUGGCUCAUGUCAAGUUUGUGGUCAACCAAGACUCCUAGAUCCUUUUCACAUGUACUGCUCUCAAGCCAGGUGUCACCCAUCUUGUAUUUGUGCCUCUCAUUUUUUUGCCCAAGUGCAAUACUUUACAUUUCUCCCUGUUGAAAUUCAUCUUGUUUGUUUUGGCCCAGUUCUCUAAUCUGUCAAGGUCGUUUUGAAGUGUGAUCCUGUCCUCUGGGGUGUUAGCCACCCCUCCCAAUUUGGUGUCAUCUGCAAAUUUGAUCAGGAUGCCCUUGAGUCCAUCAUCCAAGUCGUUGAUAAAGAUGUUGAAUAAGACCGGGCCCAAGACAGAACCCUGUGGCACCCCACUAGUCACUCUUCUCCAGGAUGAAGAGGAACCAUUGAUGAGCACCCUUUGGGUUCGGUCAGUCAGCCAGUUACAAAUCCACUGAGUGGUAGCAUAGUCAAGACCACAUUUUACCAGCUUCUUUACAAGAAUAUCAUGAGGCACCUUGUCAAAUGCCUUGCUGAAAUCAAGGUAGGCUACAUCCACUGCGUUCCCUUCAUCUACCAGGCUUGUAAUUCUGUCAAAAACGAGAUCAGGUUAGUCUGACAUGACUUAUUUUUCAGAAAUCCAUGCUGACUAUUGGUGAUCACAGCAUUCCUUUCUAGGUGCUCACAGACUGUUUGCUUAAUGAUCUGCUCCAGAAUCUUCCCUGGUAUUGAUGUCAGACUGACUGGGCGGUAAUUAUUUGGGUCCUCUCUUUUCCCCUUUUUGAAAAUAGGGACAACAUUUGCCCUCCUCCAGUCUGCCGGGACUUCGCCUGUUCUCCAGGAAUUCUCAAAGAUGACUGCCAGUGGUUCUGAGAUCACAUCUGCCAGUUCUUUUAAUACUCUUGGAUGCAGUUCAUCUGGCCCUGGAGACUUGAAUACAUCUAAACUAGCCAAGUAUUCUUGUACUAUCUCCUUAGUUAUUCUGGGCUGUGUUUCCUUUGCUGAAUCAUUUGCUCCAAAUUCUUCAGGUCGGGCAUUGUUUUCUUUAUCGGAGAAGACUGAGGCAAAGAAGGCAUUGAGGAGUUCAGCCCUUUCUGUGUCCCCUGUUUGCAUUUCACCAUCUUCUCCUCUGAGUGACCCCACUGUUUCUUUGUUCUUCCUUUUGCUACGGACAUACCCAUAAAAGCCUUUUUUGUUGCUUUUAACCUCUCUAGCAAGCCUGAGUUCAUUCUGUGCUUUAGCUUUUCUGACUUUGUGUCUACACGUGCUGGCUAUUUGUUUGAAUUCCUCUUUGGUGGUUUCCCCUUUUCCAUUUUUUGUACACAUCCUUUUUAAUCUUAACUCAGUUAAAAGUUCUUUAGAUAGCCACCCUGGCUUCUUUAGGCACCUUCCAUGUUUCUGUCUCAUUGGUAUUGCCUGACGUUGUGCUUUUAGUAUCUCCCUCUUAACAAACUCCCAGCCAUCAUGAACUCCCUUUCCUUUUAGUAUUACUGUCCAUGGGAUCUCACCCAGCACUUCCCUAAGUUUUAUGAAGUCAGCUUUCUUAAAGUCAAGAAAUUGAGUCCUAGUAUGCUUGGCUGCUCCUUUCCGCUGUAUAGUAAACUUCAGAAGAGCAUGAUCACUCGCGCCUAAUGAUCCUUCCACUUCUACCCCACUAACCAGGUCAUCAACAUUGGUUAGGACCAGAUCUAAAAUGGCUGUUCCUCUUGUUGCUUCUCCCACUUUCUGGACAAUGAAGUUGUCUGCAAGGCCAGUGAGGAAUCUGUUUGACCUUAUGCUCUUGGCUGAGUUUGACAUCCAACAAAUAUCCGGGUAAUUGAAGUCCCCCAUUACUACUAUCUCCCUUCCUUUUGCAUGCUUGGCCAUCUGUUCCAGGAAGGCAUCAUCUAUGUCCUCCGUUUGGCUUGGGGAUCUAUAGUAAACUCCCACAAUGAGGUCACUGUUAUUCUUCUCUCCCUUAAUUUUGACCCAAAUGCUCUCACUUUGGCUUUGAGGUUCUAAAUCUUGGAUCUCUUCACAGGUAUACACAUCCCUGACAUAUAACGCCACUCCUCCUCCUUUCUUGUCUGGUCUGUUUCUCUGAAAUAGAUUGUAGCCCCCGGAUUAUUUACAUUCCAAUCGUGGGACUUAUCCCACCAGGUUUCAGUGAUGCCUAUUAUGUCAUAUUUAGUUUGCUGUACCAAGAGCUCAAGCUCAUCUUGUUUAUUUCCCAUGCUUUGCGCAUUAGUGUACAGACAUUGAAGUCCAUUAAUCAUUCCCCGUGACUCUUAUUUAAGGAUUUUUUCCUCCCACCACUAGGUCUGUGUGCUGUUUGCUCCAUUUGGUCUAUGACAUUUGGAUGAUCAUCUUCAUCAAUUGAUAGACUCCUACCUUCAGGAGCACUGUCUCCCUCCCCACAUUAGUCAGUUUAAAGCCCUCCUGAUGAGGUUUCUGAGAUUUUUGGCAAAAACAUUUCUCCCAACCGUUGUGAGGUGCAGCCCAUCGCUUGCCAGAAGUCCAUCUUCAAGAAACUGCAGUCCGUGAUCUAAGAAUCCAAACCGUUCCUGUUUACACCAUUUGCGAAGCCAGCUGUUCACUUCCACUAUUUUCCCUCUCUCCCUGGGCCACGUCGUUCAACUGGGAGGACAGAUGAGAUCACAAUUUGUGCAUUUAAUUGCUUCAAUUUCCUGCCCAGAGCCUCGUAGUCUCUUUUGAUCUUCUGGAGGCUAUUGCUUGCAGUGUCAUUGGUUCCCACAUGAACCAAGAGGAAGGGGUAUUUGUCAGUGGGUUUUAUGAUUCCUUGCAGUCGUUCAGUUACAUCUUGGAUCUUAGCCCCGGGAGACAGCACACUUCCCGAGACAUCUUGUCAGGCCCACAGAUCACUGCUUCUGUUCCCUCAGUAGGGAAUCCCCUAUCACCACUACACGCCUCCUCUUAGGUUUGGUCGGGGUUCUUCCGUGAGCUGUCCGCUCCAAGGUCGCCUGCACAUUCCCUGAGGACUGACUUUGCUGCUCGUCUUCAUAUACCUGAUCGACUGUAAUGAGGGAGAGAUCCUCAAAUGGAGUCUGCUCUUCGUCUUCCAUGCUAGGGGAGAGGACCUCAAAGCGAUUGUGUAUUUCUAAACAAUCAGAGCGAACCCUGGGCCUCCUACUUCUUUGAGUCACGUUUCUCCAUAUAUCUGGCUCCUGUGUUGGUGAACUAGCGUCCUUCUCAGGGGAGUCCCCUGUCUCCUCCUUGGUGGAGACGGUGUGCUCUGUUGCUUCCAAGAAGAGCUCCAGCUCUCUAAUUCUUUGGAGCGUAGCUACACGUUCCUCCAGUUGCUGGACUUUGUCUUUUAAGAGGGCAAUCAACAUGCAAUUGCUGCAGGUAAAGCUGCCUGCAACCUUUGGCAAGAUGGCAAACAUUGCGCAGGAACCGCAGGCAACUGCAGCUGUUCCCUCCCCCUCCAUCUUGAGAACGUGUUGUUGGGGGUGGCUACAGCGGUCCUCCAUCAUAAAAAGCGUGAAGGCAGGAAAAUAACUCCCCCACAAAAAACCUAGGUCUCCCCAACAAACGUUUGAGACUAGCUUCCCUAAAUCUAAAAGAUGGAUCAAACUGCGCGCGCCGCUAGGCGCGCGCCGCUGCCCUGCAAACUCUGAUAAGCUCCUCCCACAGCUAAUCACCUGCCUCAACAGAAACCCUGCCCCCUCUGACCUUUGCACAGGGAGAGCAGCCAAUCAGCCACAAAGAAACACACACACACACAAGAAAACCCUUUUGCUCCUUCUUCAACUGCUGCCCUGCAAACUCUGAUAAGCUCCUCCCACAGCUAAUCACCUGCCUCAACAGAAACCCUGCCCCCUCUGACCUUUGCACAGGGAGAGCAGCCAAUCAGCCACAAAGAAACACACACACACAAGAAAACCCUUUUUGCUCCUUCUUCAACUGCUGCCCUGCCAUUUUCCUUCAGCUGUGUUGAAAUGUCCAGAUACUCCCGAUUAUUGUUAUUUUUUAAAAAAUAUUCUUGAUACUUUCUGGGUGUGACACGAGAAGCCUCCAAAACAAAGAUCCUGAAUCUAGUUAUAAAACAAUGAGUGCUCAAGGGUGCUCCAAACAAUAAUGGUUAGCAAACAGAUUAUCACUUAGCUGAAUUCAGUGGCACUGGCUUUACUUGUAAGGAUCAGAGGCCAUUGAUGUAAAUAGGAACUACAUCUUUUUUUAAUUUCAGAAUUUUUUCAAAAUGUGUUCCGUUACAUUUUUUUAGUUGGACAAAAGUGGAUGCAGAUCCAGACAUGCUCUGAUUUCGGACAUUUCUGACUUGCAGUAACACUGGGGUAGCCAACGUGGUGCCCUCCAGAUCUUAUGGACUAUAGCUCUCAUUAGCUGCAGCCAGCAUGGCCUAUGUCAGGGAUGAUGGAAGUUGUAGCCCAAAACAUCUAAAAGGCACCAUGUCUGAAAGUAGCAUAUUUGAUUUUUUUUAAUGGGUUAGAAAUGACUCUAGGGUGGGACAAGAGGAGCAUGCUGGCUUCAAGGCAUAACUGUUCUACAGUGCUGGAAGAUAUGGGAGAUUACAGGAGCUUAAAAGUCUGGUCAAGGUUCAUUCAUGCAAAGAAGGGAGAGGUAAAGUAUUAGCUAGCUGACCUCUGGCCAGUUCUUAGUAAAUUGUCUUGGAGACUUUUGUUGGUUUCCAUUCCCCUCAAGGUCUGCUUGGUACACCAGGGACAGGUCUUUCCCAACAACAGUGUGUGUUAAGAGUUUUUAUUGCUGUUUCAGAGAAGAUCAACUGACCACAUCAGCUAAUCUUGUAAAUUCCAAGUAGACUAUGACGGGUUGUACAAGGAGGCUCAAGAUUAAAGGGCAUGUGACAUCAGCAGGAGCUGUGGGGUGCAGAAUUUUAUAGAAGGCUCUAGACCAGGAGUCAGCAACCUUUUCCAGCCGUGGGCUGGUUCACCAUCCCUCAGACCAUGUGUUGGGCCGGACUAUAUAUAUUUUUGGGGGGUGGGAAUGAACGAAUUCCUAUGCCCCACAAAUAUCCCAGAGAUGCAUUUUAAAUAAAAGCACACAUUCUACUAAUGUAAAAACACGCUGAUUCCCAGACCGUCUGUGGGCCGGAUUGAGAAGGUGAUUGGGCCACAUCCGGCCCCUGGGCCUUAGGUUGCCUACCCCUGCUCUAGACUAUUGUGUGAACCUUCAGUAAAACACAUACAGAUGCAUGCAUGGACUUAAAUGUUUCUACCUGGGUUCAUUUUGGUUUGGCCUAGAUCUUUUAAGACUGUGCUGUUUAUAAAGCCAUCACCCAAGGGCCAGGAGACUCGCUAGGGUGUCUGGUUGGCAAACCUGCAUGAACUGCAACAAAAGCUUUGACAUUGCCACAUGUGGUGUUUCUUUGUUGCUAGGGAGUGGUAGGUAGGCAUUCCUCUUCUCCAUGCUAGUAAGAUCUGACUUUAACUGGCCUCAGGAUGGGACUCUGAGGGGGCUCAGAACCAGUGGCUUCUCCUUACUCUCUAGUCAUGCGGGGGCUCUGGACGGCUAGGGUGUGGCCCCUCUUAGCAGUGGGAUGGGUGUUGCCUCUAGGGAAUAUGAGGAAGUCAGUGGGUGGGAAUGAUUUGCAGGAGGGGAUAUUAUGAGUCCUGCUAGUUACUACAGACAGGAUUGGCCUAGAGAGUCCUAAGGGCUAGACAGAGAAUCCUGGAGGACUGCAUUUGGCCCCAGACCAGAGGUACAGAUAAUUAAUAUAAAUCUGGGUGGUGUUGGGCUUUUUCCCUUCAUUGUCAAAAAUGGAUCUAUUUCACCCAGGACUCAUGACCCUCUGAAUUAAUACGGUUUUAGAUCUGGGUUGGGUCUUCUCAGAUGUCAGUGCCAGGCACCGUGCCUACAGGUCUUGAACCCUAAUUCAGAUUUCACAGUAUCAACUAGUAUCUCCUGCUUAUCUGCUCUGCUUCUGGCGAGUAAUGCAAAGUGGCUGUGGGUGGUUUGGGGAAAGCUGACUUCGUGCCCUGAAGGCCACCAUGUGAUCUUAGGGCUUUAAGUACACUAAUGUGAUUUUUAAAAAAAACUAAUUGAAUUUGGUAAAAAUUGGCCCAUGUUUGACUGAAAGUAAUCGAUUGAAAGAAUCAAUGGUGUCUCUGGAACCCAUCAUUUGUGGUGGCUUGCUUAGCAACAGAAGGAAUAUCGGGUGUGGGAAUGCAAUGCUGCUAUUUAACAGUUACCUCUCAUCAGCUACUCACUCUUGGUUGGGAAUGGGGAGAAAAUUGAUUUCAGCUUCCAUUUAAGGAUGACUCUCUCUAAUUCACACUUCCUGAAACAUCUGAGACACAGCCAUCCUUCAGAAGUCACACUGCAAUGCAGUUUUCCAGCCAAGUAAUGGGUACAAAAAUGCAUAUACUGGGGUAAUGUGUGCAUUAAAAUGCAUAUAGUAGUGCAAGUAACAUUGCAAAAAUGCAUCGUAUUGGAGGAAAUUGCUUUGCAAAAAUGUGUAAAUUAGGGGAAAUUGCAUACAAACAUGUGUAUGUAAGGAGAAAUUCACUCUAUAAUACUGAUGGACUUUCAUGAGGACUUAAAGAAAAAAAUCACAAACUGAUGUGGGGAUGUGGGAAAUUGAACUUAAGGUUAGAAAAACAAGAAACAGAAAUUGACAAACUCGUCCAUCCCUGCUCUCGGUACAUGAGCAUUUUAGAAGUUCCAAGUUCUCAAGACAGCAGGGUGCAAAAAAUGUACUUCUGAAACAUUCUGCAGCUCACAUCUAUAGCUGAGGAAGAUUCAAAAGCUUCCUUCCAGAAUCAUAAGCACUAGCUGGCGCUAGUUUAUCUGUUUCUCAUUUCUGUGGGACCAGCAUGCCCUGCUUAAGCUCUCAUAGUAUAGUGUCACACAUUUUCCAUUACACCUCUUAUUUAUGCAAACAUGUACUGUGUUUCAAACCUAGCCAUGCUUAGCAGUAACUGUGCGGCGGGGGCGGGGGGAGGAAGUGAAAUGACAGCAUCACAACUCCGCUUGCCUUUUUACCAGUGACUAAUUGGUAGUUGUUCUGGGGGGGGUGGGGAAUGCUGUUAUUGCCAGAGUAUACAAUUUUCUUCAGAAGUGCUGGAUGUUGGUACAUGGUUGGCAUAGGUGAAGGCUGAACGGGACUUUACAUAUCAAACAGGUUUGAUUCUGCUGAGCGCUAUAAAGUUUGAAAGCGAAAAACUUCUUUAUAAAAACACGUGCUGGACACAUGCACAGAAACUACAGCCAGUCACUUCUUUCUUGCUGGUAUGCAUCCUGUAACCAGCUGUGUUUGCUUGCACCAGGAGUAAGAGACCUUUGGCCCUCCAGAUGUUGCCAAACCAUAACUCUCAUCAGCCCCAGCAAGUAUGGCCAGUAGUCAGGAGUGAUAGGAGCUGCACUUCAGCAACAUCUGGAGAGCCAAAUGUUCCCCUAACCUGACUUACACACAUAUCCCCUAUAUCAGGCAUAGGCAAAUUCGGCCCUCCAGAUGUUUUGAGACUACACUUCCCAUCAUCCCUGGCCACUGGUCCUGUUAACUAGGGAUGAUGGGAGUUGUAGUCCCAAAACAUCUGGAGGGCCGAGUUGGCCUAUGUCUGCCCUAUAUGCUGAGACAUAAGGCUUAUCCACACCUCCAUUUGCCCCAACUCUCUCUCACACACACCCUGGAAAAUCCAUGGCUCAGUGCCCUUGGGUUUUCUGCAGAUUGCUGUUUGUUCCAAUUCAGCAGUAAAGAGUGUGUUUUCCAGGGAAAAGCUGCAGAACAAAUGCAAAACCACUUGGACCCAUGCCCAGAAAGCACAGGGACCCUGUGGGACAAGCAGAAAUGUGGAGAAGCCCAUAGUGUGUGUGCACAGGAACUGCCAGGCAGAUCAAGUGCUAAUUGGUUUCACGCCUCAAGUCUUGUCUGUCUGUUAAGACACAAAAGUUCAGGCUGCCCUACCAUCAAUCCAGUUUGUUUCACAAGCCAUCUUGCUUGUUUACCCAGUUUGACAGCUUUACAUUUUAAUUCCUAAGCCUUUGUACAAGACCUUCUUGAGAAAGGUUGCAUGCAAUGGAUUGCUACCUUGGUGGACUGUAACUUGCAUCGCACCUUGGUUUUGUGACUGCUAGCCUCAUGGAACUGGAAUAAACCUUCUUUUCAAAACUUUGUCACUGGGAAGCCUGUCUCCAGUAAUCUUGUGAGGAUGUCUGCCUGUUGCUGAUAUGACCCUGUUUUCAAGUUAACUGUUCCCUUUGUACAUAGCAGUACAACUACCCUAUAAACCUCUGGCCUAGGACCUAAAACAGGAGACAUUCAAACAAUAAAGCUACAGUAUGUCUAUAACUACCUGAGGCAGGGGUCUCACUGUAACCAGCAGUGUUACAAGGGAGUUUUGAGGCUAGAUCUGUACACGGUAGCAAAAGAUCAGACUUCCACUACGCAUCAACAAUUUUACAUGGCAAGAACCACAAAAUAGUUAGCAAUUUACUGUAUGGAGCUCAAUCACAUCAUGAUGACUCAGAUUAGGAAGUGUUGCAAUCUUGAGUUUGUCUGACAUGUAUUUUCAUACAGGGCACGGUUAUGCUUCAUUUGUUCCUCAAUCUUGUCUGGUAUGCUGAGAAACAAAUUGAAUAAAGCGCUGAUGCUGUCAAUAAAGCAAGCCUGGGUCUUGUAUUGCUGGAAUACAUUGUAUUUGCAUUGGUACACAAGGUGGGCCUGUGGUCCAGAGAUGGGUUGGUGUCCUGAACUGAGAACAGCUAUGAUGUUAGCUCAAACCAUUCAAAACAGACCUGAAGAGUGAUGGAGUGGGGAAUAGUGGUAAGUGCAGGUAGAUUUCAUUGCUCCCUGCAGGUCAAAAUGACUCCUGGAUUUCUUCAUCUUGCUCUCUGCUUAUAACAGACAUUAAAAGGAAUAUCACCCACCUAAUUAUGGGGAUUGGCCAAAUGUAUUCUAUAAUUGCCUGGCACAAGAACAGAGAAGUUGGUGUGGACUGGAGAACUGAACAUCCUGAGAACCUGAACACACACACUCUCACUCACAAGACAGCUUUAAAGCUGUGAAGAGAAGUUUGAAAGUGUUGUCAGUAAUGCCUGGUAAAUAUAAGAAGUCUAGGGGGAGGUGAGCAAGAUUUCCAGUGCUUAGGUCAUGCAUUAUUCUUUGAUGCGCCACAAGCAAAUGCAGAAUAAUAUACAAAAAAAUGCCUAAUUGCUCAUGCAGGUUGCAGAAUUUGAUCAUAACUGGAACAGCAUUGGGUGCAUAUAUCCACCCUGGUUUAUAUAUAAACUGUAUUGAAAGUGUACUGGUGUUGGAAAAGUGUACUAACAAGUUCAUAUAUAGCCAACUGCUGAGUCAUCCUAGCAGAAAGUGGUAGAGCUGGUGCAUGAUGUUGGCACCUUUUCCUGGAUCUACGCAUUGCAAUGGGCUCGAGCUUUUGCUUAACAUGCUGUUUACGUUCUUUGCUACAUCCACACCUUGAUUGUUGUCAACAAAGGUUGAAUCCCAGACUGUUUCAAUUUGGCAUGCAGAGUCAGUAUUAACUGGUGUUAAAGCUGACACAGAAGCCAGGUAAAGUGUACACACCCUUAGAUCUCAUCUGGGGUUGGGCCUAGGCACUGAGCUCUUGGAAACUUCUAUAGAUGAGCAUUUUGGCAUACAUAUUUCAUGGAAAAGCUAAUGCAGCAUGAUCUUGCAUAGUCACUGCCUUGGAUGAUACCAUUUUAAUAAAACCUGUGCUAAGCGAUGAGUUUGAUGUGCGACAAAAGAGUUGGAUGUGUUCAAAUUAUAAUUCUCAUUAAUAAUGAUGUCCACUAGCUCCCAUAUAUCUAAUCUUCAAUUAACUUCUCAAAAGAUCUCUUAACGGGUUAGAGAAGCACAAUUUCCCCUUGAAGAACCUGUGCUGGUUUGACCCGAGAAGGUUAUACAAUUACUGUACCAGCAUGUCCUUAAUUAGACUCUCCAUAAUUUUCCUUGGCAUGACGAUCUGUGUGAAAGGUCUGCAGUUUCCAAAACCUCUUGAAGGUGAUCUGUACCAUAUUUAUCUUUCUCCCAGCCUUCAAGCUCAUCUCUGCAUUUGCGCAGAAAUCAAAUGAAUGGUGGGAAUGUACCACAUCUCCAUUUUCUCGAUGCACUAUUUGUGUCCUUAAAAAUAAGUAACUUUGAAUAAGGACUACUGCUUUCAGCCAAAUUUAAAAUAAAAGCAUUUUAAAGUUGCACUGCAAAGACCUCUUUCAAGUAUAGUAAAUUAAGAUAUGAUGCUGUGCAAUGUGGGGUCUACAGAAGCUUUUUGCUAAUGUAAGAGGAGAAAUGAUUUUUCUAAUUUUGUCUUCCUGCUGCAAUUCCCAGCACUUUUAAAAAAACCCAUUCUAGAUUAUUGGGGGGGGGGGCUCUCUCUCCAAAAGCAUGGAAAAUAGCACAAGGGGAUGCAGCAGGAAAGAAGGACUGAUUAACAAAAAAACCCUUCUCUUACAGUAGCAGAUUCCUCCAUUAGAUCAGAAAUCCGGCACCAGGUUUUACCCAUAGGGAACUUGGCAAACUGCAUGUCUUUCACGGUCUGUUUUUCAGUAUGCCAGUACAACCCUACCUUUUGGACUCCUCAGCCACCACUUCUCUUUCUCCAAAUAGCUUUGAAUCUGAAAUGCUUUAGUGCUUUCAUUUCAGACUGAAUGUAAAUAAGCUGUUUGGAGAACAAACUCAUAAACUAGAAUGGUAAGUAUUGUUUUGUUAAAUUUCUAUACCGCCCUUCAUCCAAGGAUCACAGGGCGGUUUACAAUAUAAAGACACAAAAAUACAUAACAUAUGAACAAAGACAAUAACCUGUUGCUUGUGUGACUAUGAUGUGGUGUGUUGAUUUAACUAGCAAGUGUGUGAGGAGCAAAUUUUGUGCAAAUAAGCAGCCCAUCUGGAAGUACCUCACAUGUUUGGUUAAUCCCAUUCCCCAUGUAGACAAAAACCUGAUGCAACACAUCUUGCUCAGGCCAGUAUAUAUCAAGGCUUCUUUUCAUGGAAUUAGCAGGGAGGGGGAGAAACAUUUACUUUGUUGCUUGUGUCACUGUGGCCAGCUGGCAGAAGAAGGAAGUAUACAGUAUCUCACUGCCCCAUUUGUGGCAAAAUAAACUAUUGCACCAGACUUCACAAUUGUUGACAUAUAUGCAUUCUCCUAACACAGUGCUGAGUGGAGCCUUCUGUCACUUGAAAAUAAUGGGACAUUGGCAUGUGUAAAUUUCAUGCAGGAUUGCAGCUAUCAACCUCAUGAAACCACAGCUUUGACCUUCCUAUUAUAAGGCUCAAGUGUCUGCCCACAAGCAUUAUAGCUUUGAAGACAAUUCACAGAACUCAGCUGCCACCAAAACACAUCCUCCCAUUUGUGGGUUUCUGUCUGCAACCAAAGUUAUUUAUAUGUGCCUUUCUCUGAGAGAAUGAUGCAAAAUCUCAAUGAACUGGGGGAAGGUUCAUUGGCAGCAUAUCCAAAAGGUCCCUGCUUACAAACGCAAAUGAUUGACUGCUUUCUUUUCUUUGCUAUGCAGCCCUUUCCCUCCUACACAUUCAAAAGUGUGAAUGCAGAAAUUGUGCUAAGUUUCAGAAUUGCUAACACUCAAUGCUUCUACUACAGCAUUGCCUGGAGGUGUCCACUGCAUUUGAGGUCCACAUUACACAAACAUGGAAUAAAUGACUCAUUUUGCAAUGCAUCCUGAGGUGGCAUGCCUAAGGACAUUUACUAGAGAAGUUUAAUUGAACUCACUGGGAUUUGUUUCUGAAUAAACAUGCUUAGGAUUGCAAUGUGCAUCUGGCACAGAAAUCUGGAAAUGGGCACAUAAAAUCAUAUUGCCAGCAAAGUAUUGAAUAAUAUUGCAAGUAUCAAAGCUUCUUUCAUGUGGCUGAGCUUGUACUCAGAGGCUAUGUGUUUCUCUCUCUCUCUCUCUCUCUCUCUCUCACACACACACACACACACACACACACACAAAUAUUAGAGUUGGAUUGGUUGAGGUGCAUCUUGGCUUUUAUUCUUUAAAUGAGUUUCUAGACCUCAUGACUAAAAAAGUAGACCUGAAUGUAAGUAGACUACACCUGGUUCAUCCUGGAAUUCUAAGUAAACCAAACCCUAUUUAAUGCAGUGGAAAUAAUCCCUGAGUAGAAAUGGAUAGGACUGAAAUAUAAAAUCUCAGGAUCCAGAAAUUAUGAUUUUAUGUGGAAACGAGGUCUAAUGCUUUGCAUAGUAGUAGUAGUAAUGUCUGAUAUAAAACCUGUUAUUUUACACUCAGAAUGUAGUGUACUCAGAAUGACCAGUACCAUAGGUGAAAAAAGGAAGUCGUUGUGUAAUACAAAUCAUCACCAAAAACAGUGAGAUAAAACAAAUGGCACUAACAUAGUAGGCAUCACAGUUUCCUAUUACAUUUAUUUAAAGUAUUUUUACCCUGCUCUUCAGCUGAAAAAAGACUCCCUGAAUGGCAAGACUAGCAACAGAAUAAAUUAUGCAAAAUAGGCAAAUAUAUGCAGGUGUACUUAAGCUGCAUUUUGCAUAUACUGAGUGAGAAUUCAGUUCUUCAUGCAGAAUUUAAGUUACCUUGGUUUUCCGUUAUAUCACAGAGAGUAGAAGAGGAGGAGUUUGGAUUUGAUAGCCCGCUUUAUCACUACCCUGAGUCUCAAAACAGCUAACAAUCUCCUUUCCCUUCCUCCCCCACAACAAACACUCUGUGAGGUGAGUGAGGCUGAGAGAUUUCAAAGAAGUGUGACUGGCCCAAGGUCACCCAGCAGCUGCAUGUGGAGGAGCGGGGACGCGAACCCAGUUCACCAGAUUACGAGUCUACAGAGUAUGCACAGCUCUGCUGAUGUCUGAGUUUGUAGGAAGUUUCCUCCCUGUUUUCAUCACUUUUACAGCACCCAACUGAAGACGCCCUCUAGACUAUCAGUCUUCAACCUUUUCAGACCCAGACCCACAUCUAACCCAAACAAGUAUGUUAUAGUGGUGGUGGGACUAUUUAAUCUUUUUUAACAUAUACAUUUGGUGGUAGUUAAUGCUGUUGUUAUCCAACUAAGACCAGGUUGCAACCGAGUUACAGAUCCUGACCCACCAGUUUAAGACCAAUGCUUUAGUCCACCAAACCUACUCCCUGAUAAAUCUAUUAGUGUUAAAGAUGCUAAAAUACAGUGUUUUGUUGAAACUAACACAUAAUUCAGAUUCCAUGAUCUGCCGGAAUGCUAAAUGCCAGAAUGCUUGUGGUGCAUAAUUAGUCAGGCAGCAGCACUGUUCAGAGACAUCUAGGUUUUGUGGGUAAUAAUGAACAUGAAAGCAAUGUGAUGUUGUAGCAUAAACAGAACCUAAAAAGGACAUUGGCUGUCAUAAGACUUAAUUACAUCAAAGAUUUGGAGACUCAAUUCAGACUCUCCUUAAAACUAUGAUUGAGUAAAUUUGGAAAUAAGCUGCAGGCCCACAAACUUCCUUCUAUUGUACAUGAUGGAAGAGUGUGUUUGGAAACAUCAGGAGUGGGGAGAUUACUCCCCUUUCUUUGACAUUUGGGGAAAACUGUUUUUGUGUGUGCGUGUGUGGGAAAAAUGUGUUCGGGUUUUAUGUUUUUUGUUAAAAGUUGUCAUUGGGAUAGAUUGCUAUCUAUCUAUCUAUCUAUCAUCUAUUUAUUUAUUUAUUUAUUUAUCUAUCUAUCAUUAUCAUCUAUAAUUUUUAUUAGAUCUUCUGUUUUACAAUUUUAAAUACUCAAUUAAACAUUCGUACAAUAUCAAUGACUUCCCUUCUCCUUUUUCCAUGGUUCAUUUUGUAUACCAUAAAUCAUUGCAUAUUUUACAUAAACUAAACCAUUCAGUAUUCCAUUAUUACAUCCAUCAAAACUUAUUUACACUGUUGAAUUUAUCGUAAUGCUGCCUGCGUUUUCAGAUUGCUAUCUUAAACCUUCAUAUACUGUAUUUCACUUUAUAGUUUGAAUUUUGUAUUUGUGUUAACCUUUGAGAGCCACCUUGGGGAUCUUUUUGGCUGAAAGGUGGCAUAGAUAUGAACUAUAACUAACUUCUCGUUUUCCUGUUGAAUGCUAGCCAUAAUUUGCAAAGGCAUCUAAGCUGGCAAACUGUGGCAAGUGUUUGUCCCAACAAAUGGGGGAACCCACUUCAAAUCAUGGUUUCUUCUUUGCUUUGAAGGGUUCUUUGCUUUGUUAACCAUGGUUUGCCAGUUAAGAUGGUUAUAUAAUCUAUGGGGUUUUUUUGCUUUUAUCCUGCUCUUUCUCCCACAGGAAUCCAGGACAGAUAAUAAUAAAAUACAACACAUAGAAAAUUUUAAUUACUGUUUUAUUAUCUAUCUCAACAAUUAAAACUUAAGCAACAGGCAAUAAUUUUUUAUUAAGUUAGCUGCAUCCUAAACACCUGGCGAAAGAAAUGUUUUUAAUUUAUAUUUGGAUGGUGUCAAUGUGGAAGACAGUUGAUCCCAGUAGCAUAAAAAUUAACAAGUUAAAGCAAAAUGGAUCAGAUAAAAGUGCAGCAAUUAACAGAUAAUCAUAAAACUGCCCAUAAAGCUGCAGAACAUUUUCCUCUUAAACUAAGCAACUAGCACCCACCAAUGCCUUGGGAAAUAAGAGAUGUUCUAAGCUGGUACCAGAAUGAAACAAGAGUCUCUGCCAACCAGAUCUCAUAUUAUAAGUUCAGUCUCUGCUGUGGCUUCAAACUGGCUAGACAGCAUCUUCAUUAGAGAUGCCAUUGAAGUUUGGAAUUAAUGGUUUCAGAAUACAAUGUUUCCCUGUUUAUAUUGCCCAAAUGUAUUAAAGGAAUGUCCUUGCCUCAUAAUGUAAAACGAGACUAUUAAGAUUCCCCCCCUCCCCCCCGCUGUGCAGUCUAUAUUCAUCAGACAAAGGUGCUGUAAGUUAGUAGCUGCUGUUUGCUAAGUUCUCUGACAUUGGUCAGUUUAACCCCUUGAAACCAUCCUUCUCUGCAAUUGACUAGAAGUUUUUAACAUGAGAAUAUAAUUUACAGACAGUACCUUAGCUUCUCGGGACACGGGUGGCGCUGUGGGUUAAACCACAGAGUCUAGGACUUGCCGAUCAGAAGGUUGGCGGUUCAAAUCCCCGCGACGGGGUGAGCUCCCGUUGCUCAGUCCCUGUUCCUGCCAACCUAGCAGUUCGAAAGCACGUCAGAGUGCAAGUAGAUAAAUAGGUACUGCUCCAGUGGGAAGGUAAACGGCAUUUCCGUGCGCUGCUCUGGUUCGCCAGAAGCGGCUUAGUCAUGCUGGCCACAUGACCCGGAAACUGUAUACCGGCUCCCUCGGCCAAUAAAGCGAGAUGAGCACCGCAAGCCCAGAGUUGGUCACGAUUGGACCUAAUGGUCAGGCGUCCCUUUACCUUUACCCUGGCUUCUGAGCAAUCCCUUGGGACUGGGAAUGUCAAAAUUUCAAGAGGUUUAUGUACCAACAGCAUUCCGUAUGAAAUGUGACCUUCGAAGCAAUUAAUGUGUGAUGGCCUGGGAAUCCGAUUCAGAGGCUGAACCAGAGGAACCCCAGCCUGCACAAGAGUCCCCACCUCCAGGGCCGGCUGAGCUGGGGCGGGGCCUUCGAUCUGAAGUGCCUGCACCUGUGCCGGAUCCUCAGGAGCAGGCACCAGGUGACUCCACUCUAGCUCCGGAGGUGAUUAAGGACACAGUGCCUACAGGUGCGCCUCUCCCGGCCCUGCCAGAGGAAGGUGAGUCUCCCCCUGGGUCCAGUAACUCCCCAGCCUCUCCUGAACUGCAGAGGCUUAGGGCAGAGAGGCGGAGGGAACUGGUUUCUCCCAGGAGGAGUGCUCGCCUUAAGGCUGGGAGAGGCAGGUCUCCUGGGGGCCGGGACCGCCCCUGACCUCAGAGAAGAUAAAGGCCAGUCAGCCCGGUCCCAGGUUGCGGGAGCAACGUCGUUGAGUACCUGCUCUUGCCCGGACCCAGACCUGACCUUCCAGUUAUCCUGUCCCCGCCUGGCUUCCUGCUUCGGACCUCGCCUCGCUCCUUGUGAACUGUUUCCAAACUAGUGACCCAGGACCGGACUUUGACUACACCAACGGUAACCUUCCCCCCGGGACCAGCACAUCAUGAGUCUAACACACAUGCACAAUCACUUGCCAGGAUCUGUCUCCACGUGCAUCUGCAUAGGAGUAGGAAAAAACUGAAGUCUGACCAUAGCAACAGACAUUUCUCUUGGGUGGCAUCUCCUGCCUGUCUGGUGAGUGGGUGAUAGCACCAUCACCGCUGCUGCUGGAGUUGCCUCCCCACUCUUCUACUCUACAGUUACCAAAGAGCACUCCAAGGAUGCACUUGUGUUCCAGAAUAGUAACAUGCAUGUGCAAAAAACAUUUACAUCAGUUCAGAACAUUCAGAAUAAAAUUGGAUUUUCCCAGAGCCUUCUGCAAUGAUAUUUGCAAUUGCUGAUUAGAGUCCAAAUUGAACUGAGAAAAGUUGACCUAUCACUAGCUUAUAAUGCCACAGGCAUAGAAGCUUGCCAAGGUGAAAUAUUUGGGCCCAUCACAUAAAAAUACAGCAGUUGUCAUGCUUUGUGUUGAGGCAAUGGGGGUUACUUUUGAGUAAAUUGCGUGGUUCAUGGUAUUUCUUUGGGGGGGGGGUACCUAAGGAAAAGCAUAGCUCAUUUUGCAUGUUCAAAAAAUCCCGAUGACAUCUCUUCAAAUCCUGGGAGCUUUGCAGCUUUAUGACAGGUAUUCUAGCAAGAUUCUUCAUUAAAAAAAACCCCGUUUCAGUGAUGCAACCAAAUUCUUCCAGUCAAGAGUCAUGGUCUGUGACUCUUCUCUAUCCUGCUGCACCUCUGCGUUCCCUUCUAGCAGGAAGUAAUUUGCAGGUCUUGGUGUCAGAAUUACUAAUGAGCAUUCCAAAAUAAUUUUGUUUUUACAUUAUACUCUUGGAAUAAUAAAACUGUUUUGGAUAAUGUUUUGGACCUUUCUACAUUUGUUUGAAAUUGUAGCUUUAAUCUAGGAGACGCUUUGCUGAUAAAAGCAUCUCCAGAAAGAGAGCUUGUCUUAAAAUAAUUCCAAUACCGAGGAGGAAAAAAACUGGUACGCCAAACCAAUAUUUGUCUUCCUGUUUUUGGACACAAGGCUGUGUGUGUCUCUGAGAGGGCUUUCAGAGAGCCCCUUCUUCUCAUAUGGGCUAAUCUGACAGGCAGACUGUGGAGAAACCAUCCACGUAAAGUUCCCUGGAGUGGGGCUCAAUGAGCACAGCUGAACCAGGUCAGGAAAAGUGCAAUGCACUUUUAAUGCUUAUAUAUUCCAUGGAAAGUAUGAGCCUGCAUGGUCUUUUCCUUAGCUGCAAGGGUUUUAGGCUCCUUGACAUUUCUCUUUUUCUUUAGGCUUUUUUCCUGGAGAUUAAGAGCUGUUACUUUGGGGCUUUUGAAAGACAUUCAAGCAGUGAUCUUAACUGCAUCAAAUUUUGUGUGGUGAAUAUGUUGCUUGAAUCUUCUUUCUCAGGAGUCAGCAAACCUUUUCAGCAGGGGGCCAGUCCACUGUCCCUCAGACCUUGUGGGGGGCCGGACUAUAUUUUGUGGGGGUGGGGGUGAGGAUGAAUGAAUUCCUAGGCCCACAAAUAACCAAAGACGCAUUUUAUAUAAAAGGACACAUUCUACUCAUGUAAAAACACGCUGAUUCCCGGACCAUCCAUGGGCCGGAUUUAGAAGGCGAUUGGGCCGGAUCCGGCCCCCGGGCCUUAGUUUGCCUACCCAUGUUCUUUCUUGUGAUGAGAGGGGGAAUUUACCACAUUAAAGCGACUCCCUCUCCCUUUUUAAUGACUUAGUAAAUUCUAACUCUCAUUGUAUGAAGGUUCAUUUGGUGAAUAUAUUCACAAUGGCUCCUUUUGGUUAUCAUCAGGCAAACCGUGGUUACUACUAACCAAAAGUUGCCUCCAAAUCAGAGUUGCGAAGUUGGUGGUUUCCAGUUCAGAUAAUCGCAAUAACAUUUCCGAAACACCUCAGUCACCAAAACUCAAGCGUAUCCUUCCUGCCUAAAAUAAAAUAAAAUAAUUCGCUCCCCCUGCUCCUCGGUGCCAAAAAAGAGCAGAAGUAGCCCCACUCUCCAAAGGUUCCCAGCAGUUAACCCUCAUUUUCCAGGUCCAGGCAACCUGUAGUUUGUGUGAAACAAGAACCAGAGUGGGGAAUCAGAAGUGUUUGAGGACAGGAGGGAACAAGUGUGUGUGUGGCCAAACACAGUGGUUUGGUGAUGUCAUCUAAACUGAUCCAGUGUGAAAAUGAUGCAAUUAAUAAGCUGUCAUUAUGACUGCAACAUCUGCAAGUGAGCUAUGACUCAUCCCUAAUAAUCACAUAAGAAACCAGCUGCAGAACUUGCUGUGUUGAUGACUGUUCAAGUGGCUGUUUUACUCUAGGUACAUACAACAGAAAGCAGCAAUUUGAAAGGUUGCAUUUAUGCCAGCAUGUGCUUCUGGAAUAGAAAACAUGAAGCAAUAAUUUGAAAAAAGGCCUCUGAGCAUGAGCAAGGUGUCUCAUCCUUUACAAUCAAUUAACCUACCAAAGUUCCCAUAUGCUUAAACAACUUAUGAGCACGUGUUCUGUGGAGACCAUGUUUUGAGUGCCAUAGUCUUCUGCGGCUAAGCUACACACUUCCUUAAACUUAGGAUCCAAGCUUGUGUGUUUAGCACAACUAACCCCAACUCUGGCAAGCCUUUUGGUUGAUGUGAAGCCUUCCGAUGCCUAUAGAAAGUAGCCUGUUAACUGUAAUGGCCUGAGGAUCCAGCCCUUUCUCUUUCACGCAGGGCUCCGUGAUGCAGUCACUAUAAUUAUGUGCAUGUGCAGUCUGCCUCCUUUCCUCCCUGUCUGCCUGCAUGUAGGACCUCUUGUUAUAUUGAGUAUAAUAACGGGUCCAAGGGCCUCUUGCUUCCUGCCCUCAGCCCCCUGCCUGGCUGAGAGUAGGUCUUGUUGUUACCGUCAGUGUAAUUAUGGGUGUUUGGCCUCGCUCGCUGCGCCUAAGGUGUAAUUUACUUUAUAUAAAGUGUGGUUCCACCCCUCCGAAGCUGUUGCACUCCAGCUGCUUGUCUUGUGUGUAAAUUGUUGCUAUUCUGAGUGCCAGGAGGGAGCAGGAAGGGGCUCUGAGGGCGGGGGGAGUGAACAGGUCUGUGGUUGAACCGGGAAGGGGGGAGGGAUGCUAAAAAGAGGAGGGGAAGGAUUUGCAGGUCCAAUCCCCACCACCCUGAGUCCCGGUGUGAUUUCAGUGAGUCUAUGCUCUGGUCAUUUGUGUGUGAUUAUUCCAUUGCCUUAGAACAGGCCCCGUUUCACCCGAUAAAAUUCCUCCAUUGUAGCAACUGGUUUGCUGAGAUAAGGCAGGUUUUCUUUUGCACACUUUUGCUACUGUACUAUACAACUGGCCACACACAGGAGCGCCAACAUGGUUUUAUUGGGCUCAUCGCACUGUGUGUGGAUUGGAUCUAGGGGUGGGGGAGAAAUUUGGUUCAGUUCUCAAUUAAAGGCGAACCUAGCUAAUUCAGCAAUACUGAAACAUAGCCAUCCUUCAAAGCUCGCACUUCGCAGAAUUUUGCUAAGCAAUCUCUCAGCAUACAAAAAUGGAUCUACUAAAGUGUGCAUAAAUGCAUAAAGCAUACAAAAAUGCAUCUACUAAAGUGUGCAUAAAGAUGCAUAUCUAUUAGUGAAAAUAACACAUAUGCUUUGCAAAAAAAGUGUAUAUUGUGGAAAUUGCUUUGCAAAAAAAGUGUAUAUUGUGCAAAAUUACGUACAGAAAUGCAUAUUCAGAGAAAUAUGCACUAAAUUGCUGAUGAAUUUUCAUGAGGAAUAGAUAGAUAGAAAGAAAGAUAGAGGAAACUCAGAAACUGAUGUGGAAAAUGGAGCUUAAGACCUGAAAAACAAGAAAUGGAGAGGGACCAAAAUUGACAAAGUCCUAAUUGGACCCUCCACCUCACCCACAAUCUGCUGCCUAUUUACUUAUUCUUUGAGCUGUGAUUUAUUCACCUAUAUACUUCUGUUGCCCCAGCCCCAUACUUUCUCUUAUGGAAGGAGGAUAGGGGGUAGGCAGAGCAGCAAAACAGCAGGGAGGGGAAAGAGGAAGGUCCUAGUGGGCCUACUCCCCCUCCCAAGAGGUGAUGUGUGGCGAGCUGGGGGCCUGAGCAUACUCUAUGCCCCGUGCAGCAGGUUAAGUUUGGCAAAAAACAAGCCCCUGUGUAUCGGAAUGCUGAAGCUGCAGUUAGUAUCUAUGGGGAAAACCCAUGUUCACAUGCAUACAAACAAGAUAAAUACCAUUAGAGGUGAUCUGCAGCAUACACAGAGCACAAGAGAUCUCACAAGACUUCAGCAAGAUACUGCAAGAUCUUACCAGAAGUCAGUGCCACUGUUGGCACUUUGUGGACACUGUUGCACUACACAGGUAAGAGAGGCAUGGUGCUGGCUGUGAGGAGGCAGCGAGGGGGCAAGGUGGCAGCAGGGACAGCAGCACGUUCCCGCUUUGCCUCAAGUAGUGAAGCAGAAUGUGCUUCCCCUGAGUGCGCAAUAAGCAAAUUUCAUGGGCCUGGCCAAAAUCAACAACUCCUAGAUGUUGCUUGCUUUUUAAGUAUUGCCUUUUGGCCUUCCAUCUGUCCACUAGUCAAGAUCUCAGAAAUAGGGCUUCCACCUUCUUUCUGGCAAGGUUCCUGUGGCUUCAACAGGUGUGUGUUGGGCAAGAAAUCCAGCAGGAGCAGCUUUCCCCAACACACAGGGCCCAUAGCUACAUCUGUUGCGCCAAAAGGCACUGUGUGCCAAAAGGAAAGUGGCAUCAAUAAUUGGGGUUUGCGCAUGAGAUAAAUUUAAUUCUGAACACCAAUGGCAUCCUGGUGUAAACACCCCAGUGUCUCUCAUUCACAGAACAUUUCUGGCUCUUUCCUGAUGGAAUAAAUGAGAGAUCAGUAUUGAGCACAACUGGUUUAGUGUAAGUGACCAUGCUUUGGCAUUAAUGGCAAGGAGAUUCUGACAUCGGAGCUCUUUCUUCAGUUUGAGGCCAAACUCAGGGCGACAGAAGGGUUUAUUGCAAAUUAGCUUAAGAGGGCAAUUGGUCAACAGACCAUAUAUGGCCUAGGAAGCUCGCAUAAGGUCAGACUCCCCGCAUUUCAUAAUUCACAGCUGGGGAACCUGUGGCCUUUCAGAUGUUGCUGAACCACAAGUCCCAUUAUCCCUGACUGUUGGCCAUGCUGGUGGGGGUGGAGUAUGACAACAUCUGGAGGGCCACAAGUUCCCCUUUCCUGACUUAACAAUGCAGGAAAAGUAUCACCCCUUAUUUCUUCUUUCACAGUCCCUGUUACAAAUGCAUUUGUACAGUUUAACUAUUCUCUUCGUUGCACAGUGCUUAAUACGCAUUUGAGUAGCCCUUUUGUCCUUCCCACCAGGGUACUAAAAAUAUGGUAAUGGAAUACAUUUUACUUAUACUUUUAAUGCAUCACAGCUCUGUGGCCUGGCUUAAACGUAGAUAUAUUGGCUUAUUAAGUCGAUAUAUGCACGAGCCUUGCACCUGCACGCUCCAACCUCAUACCACUCCUUUCUUCUUUUCUGCAUGCUGCAAUCCAGCACUUCUGGGGUUAAUUAACUCUAGUUUUCCAUUAGACCUGAAGAUACUAGGUUCUUGGAAUCACAGGUGGGCAAAGGCCCUUGUGCUCACGUCCUGUUUGUGGGCUUCCCAAAGCCAUCUGCUUCUCUAGUGCAAAAACAGGAUGCUAGGCUAGAAGGGCUGUUGACCUCACCCCAGCCGGCUCUUCUUGUGUCCGAAUGGGGAAAUCUUGGUUAAUAGGACUGGAACAGUCAGGAUCUUGAACCAGAGUUUGAAGAUCCUCGUUUGUUCCUAACCUGGUAAUCAGUUUCCCACUUUGGAUAUAAUAAGUAAUCAGAGUGGGACAGGCGGGGGACAAGGAAGUGGAAUGGUUUUGAAGGAAUGGGGAUGGUUUCAAAGAGGAGUGUCCACCACCCCAUUCCUUUUUGAUUCCAGGCUCAGUUAUGUCCACUAGAAAAGAAGUAUGAUAGUUACAGGUCUGUCUGAAAAGAAAUGACAUGGCACACCAUUGUACCUCUCUUCAGACCUUGGGGGUGAGAGGAAACCAUGGUUAAUAAACAUAAGUAACAUUGGUUGUAUUGCAAUAAAGGUGUGCCACGGGGCGCAUAUUAGUGCUGCACUGAAAAAUUCCUCUAGUGUUUUGUUCUGUGGCCAUGUUGCAACAAUAAAAUAGGCUCAGUCCUGUGCCUGCUGCAAUGCUAAAGCAUCCUGCAAAUUAGUCAGAAAAAUAACCCUCUUGCAGGGUAAGAAAACUUUGGAGGACAGGUUUCAGCACAACACUACCUUGUAGGUAUCUCUGCUUAGUAAACUGAGAUUUGUAGGUCUGAACGGAUACGUGGAGUGUGUGUGUGUGUGUGUGAGAGAGAGAGAGAGAGAGAGAGCGAACUUUAUUGAGCUAUCCAUCCUCUCUAAUCAGGUGAGAGCUGUUGUGAGGAUACCUCCAUUUCAGGACUUCAGGCAUCAGGUGAGCCUGCUGUCAUCAGCAUAAAGCAACACUUAUGCUGGAACUGCCUCCUGUCUUUCAGGCCAAGAUACAAACACGUGCCCUUCCUCCAUGCCGAAUUCAGCGGUAGCACCAACUACUCCAAACUUGCCAACCUCAGCUCCUCAUUCUCAUAAUCAGACCACAGAUGUGAAGGAAGAAAACCCAACACAAGAAUACUCAGCAUCUUGCAGGUCCUUGGUGAAUGGAACAGCGCCUUCCAAGAGGAAAUCUGAGGAUGACUCUGCAGUAGCGAGAGAAGCUAUAACACGUAUGUCUAUUACCCCUGUCCCUAACUGAAAGUAAGGUCUCCUGUUUCAUGAAACAUUUGUCAAUUCCACCUUUAAAAGUUACCAAAAUCCCUCCCCCAAAGUUCACUUACUUUUGAUAAGGCAAUGAAUUUGGGGUAGCACUCUUUUUUAGAAAGACAAAAUCAGAUUAUCUUAAAUAAAGAAGAAUCUGAUGCAAGUAACGAAACUGUCAAAAAUAAAUUACAUAUGCUAUUAUAAACAAGAUUGCUUUGCUUUCAGUAAAUAAAAGGUCACCAACUCUUUACAUAUUGGUUCUCUGUCUACUACCUAUUCGGUUGACAUUUUUUACUCCCUAUAUACAACGGAGCUGUUUGCAAAACCCUUGUCAAUUACUCUUUAAAUGAUGGGCCUUUUCUGUUUUUAGCAGUAUCUAGGAAUAAUCUUUUUUUAUGUUGUUAGUAAAGAUACUGUACUGUUAAUUCAAAUUCAUUUUGAAGUGAACUUUUUAAAAAGGUUAAAGGUAUGUUUAUAGUUUAUCAUCCUGUUGAUUUCCUUCACCAUUUCCAUCCAGAACUGUUGCACAGCUGGGCGUGAGUCCGCAAAUGUGCAAGAAAUAAGCAAAGGUAACAUUAUAGUUCCUCCCAUUUUCAGAGAUCUUCAAGUUGUCUAGAGAUGCAUACACCAGUUUUGUAUUUGUAGAAUCAUAGAAUCACUGAGUUGGAAGGGACCCUGAGGGUCAUCUAGUCCAACCCCCUGCAAUGCAAGAAUCUCGGCUAAAGCAUCCAUGAGAGUUGGCCAUCCAACCUCUGCUUUAAAACCAACAAGGAAGGAGAGUCCACAGCCUCCCAAUGGAGACCGUUCCACUGUUAAACAACUUUGACUUUGCUCCCUGCUAAGAAAAUGUCUUUCGAAUAUCAGUCAAUGACUGAGGCACUUAUGUAGCCCAUAAAACUCUCCUGCUUCCAAAUCUUUCCUGAUUAUAAGAUGGUAAUAUUUUCAAUAAUAAAUCCUUUGUUCCUCUAGUGGUAGUAACUUAUUUCUGGAUCUUCAUGCAAUGUUCUUAAAUGUCUGUUUCUAAUUCCAAUAGAUACAUGAUUCCUUAACUGGAAAUACAAAAAGUAAUUAUUGCCCACUUUCUGAUUCCCCCACCCCCUUUCUUGCACUCACUCGUGGCUGGAUAGAAAAAAAUUGAAGUGUGACCAGGAUACAACAGCUGUUGUUUAGAAAUCUGAAGAACAGCCAGUACAGGGUAAUCCACAGAAAUUUGGGGUGGACAGGCACAAUCUCCUUCUGUUGAGAGAUUAAACUUUGAUUUAUACCAUUCUCAGGGAAGUGAAUUCCACCCUGUAGGUGAUUACAUGUGAGGUUGUUGCCAUCAAGAGAGUAACUUCUUUGCAUGGAGGCUGUUGAGCCAGGAAGUGCAGAUGCUUCCCUACAAUGCACAGCUCCCUUCAGCAGUCAGUGCAAGCACACACUGACUUGUGUGACAGUUACUUGAUAUACAGGUGCACAAAGCUAUUUUGGCCUAACCUAUCUCUAUUACUGCCAUCUAUUGAUGCUGUUUUUAGGUAGGGAAGCCCUCCAGCUAAAUCAGGUAGAGGUAGGCAUUCAGACUAAAUGCCCAAGAAACAGAUCAUCUAGAAGCAUCAUUUCAAAGUGGUGAUGCCAUGGGUCUUGGGACACAGAUCUGUGUCGAGAUAAAGUAGCACCAGAAGCUACUUUGAGGGCCAGACUGCACAUUACAGGUUAACACACGUCAUGGUAGCCUGAUAACCCAUUUCCCCCCUGGAAGCUUUGAGAGGGUGCUAUUACGACCAUAGUGGCAGAGGCUAGCACCCAUCGCCUCGCUUUUCUGCUCCCAGUGGGACCUUCCAUAAGUAGACAACAGGAAAACAAGGAAGGGGAGGUUGCCAUACCCUAAAAAGACUGAUCCCUUCUGGGCACUAACAUGCCCUUUCAUCCCUCAAAGGCUUUUCCUCAUUUAGGAAAAUACUUUGGGUGACUUCUGCAAAUCAUUUGUUGCGCAGGCAUAUAUAUAGAACAAAAGGUUACUGGUGAAAGGGUACUAGAAACACUGUCGUAAUGAAACUGUGCAAUUCUGAAGCCACAUGCUUGCCUGAGAGCAUCUGGUGCUGGGCUGCUUGCCUGUUGACAUUCUGCAUUCAUGAGUCACUCUGCAGUCAUGCUGCACCCUCUGCAAAGAGGGAGCUUUCAGCAGCUACGCUCCCAGAUGUUGCGCCUCUGCUGUAGGUUUUUACACACACACAUCACCACUGGCCCUCAAACCACUCCCUGAGGUGUCUUCCUCGAACGAAAAUUCCUUGAAGGAGAGAUCUUUCUCCUUAGGAGAAGCUUUUGAUUUUGCAAGCAUGCUAUAAAUUGUGCUUUUUCCCUCCACCGCAAAGAACAUUACUGAGAGCAAAGUUUUUGCUCCGCCAUGAUCUGACCUAAUGUGCAUCUCCAUAUUCAAGUGGAAUUGUUUGUGAAUCAUUUGUCACAGUAUCGUCAUGACUAGGUCAUCCAAAGUAGACCUCUCAUCUUUAACUGGCAAUGCCAGUGUUGGUCUUGUGCUUUCAUUUAAGCCACUCCAACUUAACACCAUUUAGGAUCCUAUUUUGCAUUCUUCCGAGCUAGCAGAGUGGGGGUUAUUGAGAAUAAAACCAUCUAGACAAAACAGGUUUGUCUAGAGCGAUAAUGGGGAACUUCUGACUUGCAGACCUAAUUAGACCUGCCAGGCCUCCCUGUUUGCUCUGUAAUGUCAUUUUGGCCAAGCUAUCACGAAUGUCAUCAAGUUUGGGGCAGGUAAAGGUGAGGCUGGGCUGAAGGGAGUUUGCAGGUACCAUGGAACAGCUGAUCUGCAAAGCCUGGGGGUACAGUACUUUGCAAGCCCAGCUGAUCAGCUGGUCAUUGAUGCCUGAAAAGUACAGUGCUUCUGAAGCUCCAGUGAUCAGCUGAUCAUCAGGGCUUCCAUGCGCAGCGCUAUACAAAAAUAUGCAUCACUGGAUGUCACUGCGACAUCAACUGUUUGUCAGGCUUGGUCCCUGGAGUGGGGGGGGGGGGAGAUAAAGAUCCACUUCCCCAUCCCUGAUCUAGAACAAGUCCUAGCUACCUUACAACAGUACAGUGGUACCUUGGGUUAAGUACUUAAUUCUUAACCUAAAACUGUUCUUAACCUGAAGCACCACUUUAGCUAAUGGGGCCUCCUGCUGCUGCUGCUGCUGCACCGCCAGAGCACGAUUUCUGUUCUCAUCCUGAAGCAAAGUUUUUAAGCCGAGGUACUCUUUCUGGGUUGCCGGAGUCUGUAACCUGAAGCGUAUGUAACCCGAGGUACCACUGUAUGACUAGAGUGACCAGAUCAAAGGAAUACUCAUGGCGUUAAUGCAUCCACCAGAUUACGACACUUCUGUUAGUUCUGGAACUUGAGUCGGAACUUUUUGCUGUGCUUACAUAGCAGGUAGGAUCAUCACUCUUUAGAUGGUAUUGGGUAGGGAGAAGCCAAGAUGUUGAGUUUGUUUCAUUACUGUACAAACAUUCCCUUAGGAACCUAGGAAGCUGCUUUGCAGUGUGUCAGACAUUUGGUCUGCCUAGUUCAGUACCGUAUACAGUACAUUGACUGGCAGUGGCUUUCAGUCAGGAGUUUCUCCCAGCUCUACAUGAAGAAACCAUUGUAGAUUUGACCUGGGGCCGUCUGUUCUAUUGUUGAACUACAUCUCAAAAGCGAUGGUCCUUCUCCUGAAAAACAAAACCAAGUCUACUCCAAAUUGAAAGAACAAACAUGUUUCUGGUGAUGCAAGGCUCCAUUUUCACUAUACUUGGGGCUGUGUGCUGGUCGUGGAUGUGGCCAAAAGUAGAUGUGGCCAGUCAGUACCUUUUCAGACACAGGCCCCUUCCUCUGUGCAAAUUAUUUCCUCUUCCCUGCUCCUGAAAUGAUAAGAGGGGCAAUUUUGCAGUCCUAGCUCGAACCUCUCAGCCCACCUCAGUGCUGUGUCUACUUGAUUAUUGUUUUGCUGCCACCGCAGCUGGAGGAAGAGAAAAGCACAGAGAGUGAAGAAAGAGCUGUGAGUGGAGGGGGCCAUUUCCCCAUCCUUUGGACCCCAAGGGAAACUCAACAAACCUGCUGCACCUGGAACUGGGCGUGAAAAGUGCAGCUGAAUGGGACCCAGCUAUGGGUAGCGUGAGGAAGUAACAUCCACCUUGAACCUGACCAUAAAGAGCAAAUCUGGAGUGCGAGACUAAGGUCAUGUCUGCUGUUUCCAGGAUCUCUUCUCAUUGUGAGACUUCUGUGGGUCAGCUGAGGGUUUGUUCAGACCCUGGGUGAGAACCCAGAGGCUGUGGGGGGGAAAUGAAUUGAUACCGAUUUAUAUAUAUUAGUAACCUUGCAUCAAUGUAACAUUUUUAUAUGUAAUUGCGUGCUAUAAUAUUUCUGUUUAACUUGUCUCUUGUUGCUUCAGUUUUCUGUACACUGCUUAGAGAUAUUUUAAAUAUAGAAAUUGAAUCAUCAUUACUGCCAAAAUCAAUGGGGUUGGGUGUGUUGUUGCUUUUUUGGCAGAGCAGAAAAAUCUGCUUGGAGGGGGGUCAGAUCAAAUGUCGGUCACCCUGGCUUUAAAUAAAUAAAUAAGCUUGGCUUAAUCCCUCCCCCCCCCCCAUAUUUUUUUCCUUCAGAAAACAGGACCAAAGGAUUAUGAAUAGAAUAUGUGUGCAGCUCCUGUUCACUUUGGUGAGCUUGCAUAAGGGAAGCUCCCUGUGGAUUGUAUCAAAUGGGUCUUCAGGCUACUUGCCCUUUAUUCACCCCUGGAACAGAGAAAGCUUUUGAAACGGUCCAGGUUGCUAAUGGUGAAUUGGGUGUUGGCCUGGUUUGAGAAAGGAGACUGUGUUGAAAAGCCAGGAAAAAACUAUAAUAAAUGGCUGGGAAUGAAAUUCUUAUCAUCAGUGGAAUUCCCACCUGUAAUUAUCUGAUUAGGGGAUUCACCACUCUAUAAUUUCAUCCCCGAAAUAAUGAUGAUUAUAAUGGUUCACUCAUGCCACUGCAGUUAAGGUCAUGUCAGUGUGUGAACCCAUAUUCUCAUGGGCUCUAUUUGAACUCAGCUGGUGAAAUUCAUUCUUAGCCUUAAGCUGAAACUGAAAACGAGGCAGAUGUGCAUAUAGCAAGGAGCCUCUCCCUCUUAGAAAAGUUUUAACUAACGAUAAAGCUUUUGCUCCCAUCAUGUUGCAGAUAAGGAGCUAUAGGUGUGCUUGGAUACUGCAACCAUUAGCAUUAAGCAAGAGACUUGUGCAGUCACUGAUUGUCCUGCUGCCAUUAGCAUGCUAAUGUGCGGCUUCUGAGGUCAAAAGGUAGGGGAGAAACCUUACAACUGGCAUUCUGUCAGAAUGAAAACCUCAGCACAAAGUGUUUUCAAAAUGCUGAUCCUUGCACACGCAGGUCAUGGAUAGGUCAAAACCUUUAUUUAACAGACGGUUGAAUUCGAAAAGGCUUUGUGUUGGAAAGGGCUAUGUGUAUGCAAAGGGAACUUCUGCUGGUAGGAUAGUGCCUCACUAUGUCACAAUAUGAAUGAGACAAGUGUGGUGUCGGGAGUGGGACAUUGGGUUGGGCAGAGGACAGCAAGGUUCAAGUCCUCUUCUUAAGCCCUAUCCAGCCAUUUUCUUGCACACCGCAAGAGCAGGUGGGGAGAGCAGGCCUUGCUCAGUGACCCUGUCCCUGCUAUUAUGGUUGUGAUGACCUGUCCCUUCAGCUCUCCAUUCCUUUGGGCUGAAUUUCUGCUCUGGGGAGUCUUCUCUAUUCAUGAUUUUUCAAGGUUCUGAUUCAUGUGGGAGCUUCCACAAGUAUAGGAAGCUUUCCCUUUGCAGGCUGUAACCCUGGAACAUGCACGACGUGAUGGGGAUGGGGGCAGAGAUAGUGUGUGUGUGGGUGCUCUUCCCUCCCAACCUGCCCUCUUCAGCACACCUGAUUAAGGGCUCUUGUCUCUUUGCCAUCUCUAAUCCUAUAAUGAUCCUCCCUCCCUCCCUCCAGGUACGGUUGUCAGUGACUAUGAUUGGAACUGAAAAUGAUAUUGGCAACUAUAAACAGUGACAGUGUCUGCCACCUGUCCAUCCAAUGUCCUUUGGGAAUAUUGAUUGAAAAGUGGUAUAGAUGUUUCAUAAGUAAAUAAAAAAUAGAGAGUGAUUAUUCAUUAUCAUAAAUGCACUCAUUGGCCAGCAGUUUCCCUCUCCUGAGCAUGGACUCUCCAGCAGAAGAAUAACCCUUCCUACGAGCCUGGCCCUACCAUUCCAUUUCUAUGCAAAACCACAAGAUAAGAUCACUACUAUAUCCAUGCUCAUUUUAUGAGGCCUUUAUUAACUACCAAUAGCUCUGGCUCACUGAUGAAUCCUCUCUUGCUUAGCCUCAUGUACAGGUGUGGGAAGAAGAAACGCUUUGCUUUUCUGUAAUAUUUGUAAUAUUUCCCUACAUUUUUAUAUUACAAAUAUUUCUGUAAUAUUUGUAAUAUUUCCCUAUAAGCCUUUAAUGAGUCAGCUUUCCUAUAUAAUGCCUGCCAUUCGUCUCUUAAUGUGAGUGACUUCACAAGCUUCCUGAGCAGAGGAACAAAUAAUAAUUGAAGAUAACUAGGUGGCCAUUCUGGUGCUUUGCCAUUCUAAAAUGUUGGCUCCUGAUCCAGAGAUGCCCUCUUACCACCAUCAAACUAAUAUUGGCAUCCUACUGUAUCUGGCAGAUGUCUCUAUUGGCAGAGCCAAGCUCAGAUCCAGGAAAUGGCAGCUGUGUUUCUUGGUGCCUACAAUUCCUCCUCUUUUCUUCUUGAGUCCAUGUGUGUCAAAAUAGAAUCCUCUGUCAACUUAACACCCUGUGGUAGGUUACCCAUGCUAGAGAAACCAAGAUUGCCUUUUUGCCACCUACUGUGCAUUGCUUUGCUCCCCCACUAUCAUGAGACAAGAAACAUCUUGUGCUGGAAGGUUGUGCAUGAUGCUUUCAGUAUGACUCAGUCCUGGCCCUUUUCAUCCCAGAAAUUCAGGAGUCCUGUCCAGCUGACACCCCAAAGAGAAUGCAGCGUCUGUUCCCUGGAUUGGCUCAAGAUAAUUUCUGCUCUCAAGCCUUUCUGCUGAAUCACCGCGUGUUUACAGAUCAGAGAGGGGAGAGAAAUGUAAAGUCUAGCAGAGGGAAAAAACAAGCCCUAGCUUGGAGGGAGAGGGAUGAGGUGAAUGUGUGGCGAGUUAUUUGUUUGGGGGCCAAUCACGUCAUUUUCCUUAACCCUAUCCUGAUCUGGAUAGUUGGUUUAUAAACUGAAAAUCAGAAGCGUAUGCAAGAGGUUUCAGGUUCCAAUGGUGCUUGCAUAUCCCCACAUAUAUUUCUUGGCUAAGGCCAUUCAAAUGAUUGUUUCCAUGACUUGGCCACUGCCAAACUGCAGUUUGUAAUCUCUUGCAUUUAGGAGUAGUUGACACACUUUACAUUCAUGACUGUCGCUUCGGUAGUGCUAGAAUUAAGGGGGAGACCUGACUUCCUUCGCUCCUUUUUUAAAAAAAUGUCUACAAUUGGAGAGAGUUUGGGGAAGUGGAUUUUGGGAAUUUCAUAAUUUUAUUUUUUCCUAUUGGCUUUGGGCAAGUUACUCACAUCUUUGCGUCACUUCCCAAUUUCUCUUUAUACUGAUUUUCUGUACAUUUACAUUUCAAGUAAGAAUGCCACAACAUUGUUAAGUGAUGCCUCCAAAAAUUAGUAGAGCGCCUCCACUUAGAUCUGAGCAAGAACUGCUUCCUCAUGGGCUGGUGUACAUGCCUUGAAACCUUCCAGUGCUGCAUACAUGGCAGAGCAGUGGGAGGUCUUUAUUGUACACAGGCCUCCCCCUGUCUUACUGCUGCCGCCAUGCAUACUGUGUAACCUCUCCUAAAGUCAACGGAGCUACUUUGACACAACCGGACAAUGGUCUGUAAUCACAAUUGCUCUUCAUUCUUGAAGAGUUUGUGGUUGAGGCUCGGAGGGGGGUGGGGGAUCCCAGGCCAGCAGAUGCAUGCCAUUCAUAGCAGAGGUUUGGCUGGCUCUGCCCAGAGAGGAGACUGCAGCUUCAUAAAAGGGAAAGGUCCAUGUCCCAAGGCUCCAAACGUAGGCUGAAGACCCCAAAGAAGUUCUGCUCUCUUCCCCACCACCAAGGAAGAGCAAAAAUUGAUUUUAGGAGUCUAGAAUAUCUCUGUUGUCCAAGCAAAUGGCCAGCAUGGUUUUCCUUUUGUUUUCGACUGUGAUCCUGUCCAUGUGUUUGUUGGAGAUGGUGUUUCUGGUUUGUUUUUGUGUGUUAUUACAUAUUUUGUAUUCUUGUUUUGCAUUUUUAUGUAUUUUUGUGAACCGCCCUGUGAUCUUCACAUGAAGGGUGGUAAACAAAUUUAAUAAUUAAAUAAAAUAAGUACAAUUCCACAUAAAUAGCCAGGGGGACCGUCCGUCCCCCUUUAAAUCCCCAUUGUCAUUUGGAGACUUGAAUGAGCCAUUGGGACCAAACAUUUAUUUUCUAGGGAAGAGACACACAGCUAACUCUUGACUUGCCAUUGCAUACAUUCAAUUUUCACAUGUGUUACCAUUCAGUACAAUAAUAGCCUGUAUUUCGGAAGUCGCAGCUUACUUUGCCUCUUGGUUACUGUGGAUAUGUGAAUGUUCAAGAAUGUACAGUAUGUGAUGUUAACCACAUUUCCACUUGAUAGCUAGUAUAAUUUUUGUUUGUUUUUCAGAACUCAUUGAAGUAAAAAAGGUGUGGGAGGGGGAGAAAUAAUCAUUUAAAACUACUAUUCCCUGAGGAAAAUGUUGGGUUUACUUUAUUUCACAUUUUGUAUGGAUUUGUGUAAUACACAGGUAAGAGCUCCUAUAAUCUCCCUCCCCCCACAUUUCUACACACACUUAUGAAAAAGCAAUGCCAAGGCGCACAAAGACAUCUUUUAACCACAGGGAAUGGUCAGUACAGAAAACAAAAGGUUCAAAGUCAACAGCAUUCCCAAAAGGCCUCAGACAUUUUAGAAUGGAAGCCACUUGGGGUUUUGGUAUUAUUAAAAUACCAAAAGAAUAACCAAGGUGACUGGCAAAAAACAAAAACAAAACCCCAACAAGAAAGAAUUCAUUCCGUAACAUUUUUUUAUCCCAUGAAUGAGAGAAGCUCCGCAGCAGAAGCAGAUAUCUUGCAGAAGGUACCUUCUUCCAGAGAUCAGCAUACUUUGGAUCUCAAAAACCAGACCAGGGAGUGUGUGUUUUUACACUGUAGGAAAUAGUAUGCAACCUGCAUGUACAUCAGGGGUGGGGAACCUGUGGCUCUCCAGAUGAUGGACUUCAACCCACAUCAACUCCUGACUAUUUGCUGGGCUGGCUGGUGCUGAGCUACAGGUCCCCAUCCAUGCUUACAUCAUCACAUUUAGUGAUUCUACAUGCGGUGAAAGAUGCUUGCAUGAUCAUCAGACCUGAUAAUCUGUGCAUGGAUUGCUAAACUAUCUCCCAUACAGAAAUGUCUUCAAUAUAUUGUUUAUUAUUUAUUGAACUCUCCUAAAAUGACCAGUUGCCAUCCUCCAUUACUUUAUUAGUUAUUCAUCUUUCUUGCCACAUCAUUGUCACACAUUCCUUCGGACAAAUUUACUGCAUACAUUUAAAACUGUUUAACUUACCCUGCUCUCAGUUUAGCCUUUAGUAUAUUUGUCUGUUUGAUUUUUUCCUACAUCCAGUACUUAUAGCCUCUAAGAGCCAACUAAGAGAGAAUUCAAAGCAAUAAAAUGGGCAAAACAUAUAAAAAGGAAACUUCUAAUCAACAGUGUAGAGGACCUGUGAGCAAACAUCACAAAAGGAUCUGUAUCCAGGUGCAGAACUGAUUCCGGCAAUCUCAUUCUCUUUCAAACUUGUACCAAAACUGCACAGCACUGGCCCUGUAGAUUAUUUCAGGAGGAUAGCUCACUGCUGUGUAUGACCGUUACUGAAUUUGGACCAAAGUCUAUUCUAGGACCAGCCCGCCUCCCCCCUUGCCUAGCUAGUCUUCUGGACAAAUACAAUACUUUCUGCAAACUGUAGGUACAAAGCUUUUAAUUGUGUAGCUUUCAUAAUGGUUAUUCAGCUGAAAAAGAAAUAGCUUACAGCCUGAAAUCACAAAACUCAAUUUGGAUUUUGUUCAGGGAGCUGUGGAGGUGAUGUUGUUUGCUUGGAGGAGGGAUAUUGUAAACGUUCUGAAAUACUUUAGGUUAUCGUUUUGCAACUUAUGAAAAGAAAGGUGGGUUGAGCAAAAUGUGAAGGGACAAACUGUUGCAAAGUAUUUCUCCCCCCCCCCAACAUAACAGAGUCCACAAUUUCUCAAUGCUUCUGAGGGCAGUGUGGAAUCCUAGAUAUAUUUCUGUCAGAGCUGCAUAGGCAUUAUGUUCCAUAAUCUUUCUCUUCCUCCCUAACAGGUCAGCCCCAAAGCCGAGUAACUGUCCGGACCCCUCCAACCUCAACUUUGAUUCCCCUGCUGCAGAAUGGUCCUGGGCAUGUGUCAGACCUCAGUGCUUCUAACGGCGAAGCUGGGAAUGGUGCCUUGUGCUCUGAACGCAGCUCACUGUCGGGCUCCCAGAAGCCUCAUCGGAAGCUACAGUCUCAUCACUCCAUCAACAGCCAGAUCAGUAAAAAGAGCAAAGGCAGCUCCAAAUCUGCAUCAUCUCAGAUACCUACUGAGGCACAGGAAGGUACCUCUCCCCAUACCUUAAUAUUCUUCAGCUACUGAUAGAGUUUAUUUGGUGCUUCGUUCAUCAGGAGGAGAGUAGAAAGCACCACCACACCAGGGACUGGAUGGUAGAGAAUGUGAAGGUGGAAACACUGAUGCUCCUGAUUACUACUUUUUAGUAUAUACGCUACCUGUUUUGUUUCCAGACACAUGGAGUGGGUCAAUGCCUGCAUUAAGAUGCAUGCCUUAUCCAUAGGAGAUAUUCUAACCCAAGUUCCAGUUCAUGCAAUUACAAAGCCAAUGAUUCAUUAGACAGACAUGACUGGACCCCAGCCAGCCAGCAAGCCAGCCAGGGUCCACAGAGUCUCAGUGGUAGGACUGGAGAAUGGUCAGCUUCCAUGCAACAGAGGGCAGAUUCAGUGGAAGGAUGCAGGCAGCAAGUGGAAGCCAGUACAAGAUCAGGGGCAGUUCAAUAGGCCUGAAGAAAUGGGCCAGAGAGAGAAGAAAGCAAAAUUAUGGAGAUGGAUUUAAGAGUUGCUAUUCUCACAACUCUUGUUCAGUGUCUGAAACAAUUUGAUUACAUGCACAUGUUCAUUUGCAUUAGCUUUUGAACCUGUAUGCCUUCCCUCUUUCAGGAUUUAGUUACUUUAGCUACCAUAGCAGCUGUUGGUUCUUCCUUUUAGGACUUGUGUAUGAUUCAUCCAGAUUCUUCAUCUAGUCAUAUGGCAAUUGCAGAGAAAUGCAGCCUUCACAAGGGAGGUGGACAUAUCAUCCUUUGGGGGGCUAGUGGCAGUACAGUCUCCUAUACUUUCCACCACGCACUAAAGCACAAUGCAGGAGUGGGAAAUGUUUCAUGGGGAGUUGUCCCCUGGUUCCCUUUACUAUGAAGCUGCUGAGUGGCCCUUGCUUGAGAACUGUGGCGUUGUGUGGCGUGCUGAAUUUUGCCCUGCAGUUGUUGGCGCUAAUUGCUAUAACCAUUUCUGCCUUGCGCACUCACUAUUGGCCAAACAUCUGGAGGCUGUAUGCCAGUAGUGGGUGUGGCCCAAAGUAAACAUGGCCACUUCAAGGGCCAGAUCAGGCUCCAAAACUAGGGGCUGGCAUCCUGGCUGGGUGGGUGGGUGGGAGAAAAAAGAGAGACUGAAAGGGGUGGGGGAAUGCUCCAAAUCAGCCCUUGCAGUUGCACGUCAUUAUUUUUGCAGCUGCAAGAGGCCGGCCACUGUUUCUCGGCAAGAGACCUCAAGGGACUGUUGAUGCCAGCGAGCCAGUAGAUGAACUCUCACUGUAUGUUCUCCCUUUCAACCAGUUGUGGGGCACCUGGAUUAUGACGGGAUCUUCUCUGGAAGAGAGAGGAUUUCUAGUUACAUAUGUUCAAAAGGAAGGUUCGGGCCUUAAUUCAUGUCACUAUACACAGUGUUGAUGUUAACUUUCCCUAGCUGGCCAGGCUCACAAUCUCAUGACUGCUGAAGUCAUCCUAGGUGAUUUCUCCCUAGCCAUAGCAUCCCAGAUAAUCACUGACUCUCAUCCAAGUGUCUGCAGCAUCUUCUUUCACUAGACCGGCCCCAGAUGCCUUGAUAUACUGAAAUGCAACAUUUGUGCUUUUCUUAGCAUUGGCAGAUUUUUGGAGCAAUGCCUUUGCAGAAUGCUAUGCACAAUGGUAUCUUCUGUUUCUUCCUGUCUUCUGACUCUGGUGCAAUCACUUCUCUCCAUGCCUGGUUUCAGCUUCCCACACUUGGCUCUCUUUUGCUUGCUUUUUGAUAUUCUCUUUUCUUUCUGCUUCCAGAUUGCUGUGUCCACUGCAUCCUCUCCUGCCUCUUCUGCGAGUUCCUGACCCUCUGCAACAUCAUGCUGGACUGUGCCACUUGUGGCUCCUGCAGCUCCGAGGAUUCUUGCAUCUGCUGCUGCUGCUGCGGCUCUGGGGAAUGCGCCGAUUGCGACCUGCCAUGUGACAUGGACUGCGGCAUUAUCGAUGCAUGCUGUGAGUCGGCUGACUGCCUUGAGAUCUGCAUGGAGUGCUGUGGCCUCUGCUUCUCCUCCUGAGACAUGCAGCCAGAUCUCAUGCCCUGAAUAUAAACUGAAUGUGCGGGAAACCUUCGCAACAAGGUCUCUCCACUGUUCUCCCCCGCCAUCCAAUAAUCUGAAUCCAAAGAAGCUAUGUUUGAAACAGCAGAUGAGCCCUGCGGAGGGGACCAAAAUUCUGGGCUGCAGAACUGCUUGGGAACAAGAUGUGCAGGAUUCUUGUAGGACAAGUGGUGGGUGUGCUUGCUUUAUCUCUCCCCUCCCACCAGAUUCCUCCCAAUGGCAGCUGGGGGAGAGGAGUGUUCCUGCUGCCUGAGCCAAGAGCAGACAAAGAUUAGCUGCACAUCCAGCUAAGUUGCUUGGCCGGGAUCUGGAGCAGUCACACAGAGCCCAGAGAUGGGCAUGAUGUGCUGCCUGGGUCUAGCGUGCCAGUAAGCUGUGCCACCUACUGGCUGUCAGGUCCUGCUGCUGUUCGACUCCUGGGUAUUUCUCCCCUUAGUUCUGGUGCUUUUCAUUUGGCAAAAGUGCCUUAAGUGUACUGAUGUCAACUAGCUGGCAGCCUUGCUCUCUCCUGGCUGGCCACUGAACAUCUCCGGCGCCCAAGAGGAUGGCAGCUAGCCUAGUGUGCCAAGAUGGAAUGUUUUCAUGCAGCUGCUCUGGGCUGAUCCCUGGCCCUGUAGCAGAAUUCUUCCAGUGGCAGAAAGAAAGGAAGCCAAAGCCUCAGAGCAGUCCCUAAUCUCAUGAGAAAGUGACUUGUAAGCAGCCCCUCCACAAUUGUCAGCAGCCAGGAGCUGACCUGUUCUGUUAACUUUUAAGAGGACUCGUAUCUCACCCCUAACUCCCCUACCCAAAUCCUUUAGUCAACCUUUUGCAGUGGACAUAUCGGUGCUGAGAUUAGACAGUCCCAUCCAGUCAUCUCCAUACACAUUCAAGGAUCUCGAUGACAUAUCUGGUGUUUGAAUGCAAUACUUUUAAAGGAGCUUUUUCCUGAGGAUGAGGAUGAGGAUGUACUUCAUAGGUGUGGAAGGGGAUAACUGGAGCCUCAUUUCCGUGCCUUUUCCCCACAGCAGGCAAACACUAGGCCUAACGCAAAGGCAGCAAUCCAUUUGAUACUGGACACUGACAUGACAGCCUUCCAAGAGAGCCAUCCAAAAUGGUAGCCUGUUUGGGGACCAUAAAGGGGAACAGCAGAUGCCGCUCCAAAUGUAGACAUCCUUGCCAUGGGAGUCCUCAAAUCCCUUUUAGUGAUGGGUUUAUAUUUUGUCUUUCCAUUGUUAUUUGUUACUGUAAAUAAAAUUUUAAAAAAUCACUUUGAGCCAGAGAAUACUUCAGUGUUGUGUACUGGCUUUAGGGGUGAAACUACCACACACUGAUAAGCAGGCACCUUUCCUGGGGUCAUUUUACCCCAGUACAAAUCACACACACCACAUAUUAAGUGCAUGAAGCAUUAGCUGACGUAUGUGUGCAUGUGUGUUUAAAAAAACCAUGCCAGCGGUGAUUAAUUAAUAAGCCCAUGCACAUCUUGUAUUAGGGCUGUCAUAUCUAAGCACAAAAUGUUUUGUUUCAAAUAGCCUAAAUUUAUAAAUGGAGGAUCUUUUUGGGAAGGCAUUCUUUAAGACGGAGACAGGCAGAGAGUAAUUCCCAGAUCAGAGCAUCUGAAAUGGGACUCACUAGAUAUAUCCCUCCCCCAAAAAACGACUGGAAAGAGCUGAAGAAUUGCAGGGGCGUUGCGCUGGAAUGAGUGGUUCUGACUUUUGGAGCCUUUGCACAUCUCUUAAUUCCUUAGCAUUUAAUGAUGAACGCUGUUUGGAGAACAAGGUCGUUUUGGGUUUGAUUAUACUGCAUCCGGGAAAAAAGGUCUAGUAGCCAGACUGCUCCAUUUUUUAUGGAAAUGUUCAAAACUCUCUGGGUUGUGCUUCAGACUGUCGACGGAGGCUUUGCGUGAUAGAAUGCUCUCUGUAUAAGCCCCCUCAACAUGGUGCUCUCGUGAACUGGUGACACAGGUAACAAAGUCGCUGUGGGAUGAUGGCACCUUUACCCCCAUGCUUUGAGAUCUGCUGGGAGGGGUGGGGAGCAGCCAGGCUCAUGCUUCGGUGGUAACACUGACAGGACAUCCUUGUUUGUGGAACUCCCUGUGGAGGUACAGCUCUCCCCCUAGUCAGCUUUUUGACGUCAACUGAAAACUAUCUUUUCCUUUGGGCUUUUGGGAGAUAAACAUGUGGAGCCCAACAGUUAUUAUUUUGUCUGCUGCUGUCAUUCCUUAUUAUUGUAAUAUGUUUGGAUAAGGAGGUCAAAUUCUGCUCUGUGGUAUUUUAUCUGACGUUUAUGUAAACCGCCCUGGGAUCCUAUGGGGUGAAGGACAGUUUAACAAUUAAAAAUGAUUAUGGAC